UCGGUGUGGCUGGGCUCGGCCGGCUGGCUGGCUGGCGGCGGCGGCGGGAGCUGCGUGGGGCUCGGCGGGGAUGUCUUCGUCGCCGUGCGCGGCUGCUGCCGCCGCGGCGCCGCUGGCCGAGCUGCUGGGCGAGGCGCUGGCGGCGCCCGACGGCUCGGCGGUGCCCGUGGCGUCGCUGCCGGCGAGGGGCGUCUCGCUCGUGGGGCUCUACUUCGGGUACUGCGGCGCCGGCAGCAGCGCAGCCGGAGCCGCCGCCGCCGCCGCCGCCGCUGGAGCGGCAGGAGCCGGGCCGGGCGCGCAGCUGGCCGCAAGCCUGGCCGCCUUUUACGCGCGCUUCCAGCCGGCCCGGAGCGAAGUGGGAGCCGGAGCGGCGCCGGAGCAGCGGCAGCAGCAGCGCCUGGAGAUCGUCUUCGUGUCGGCCGAGCAGGAUCAGCAGCGCUGGCAGGAAGCCACGCGGGCCAUGCCGUGGCUGGCGCUCCCCUUUGCCGACAAGCGCCGGAAGGUGAGCGCAGCGCGGGUCGGCGGGGAACGUGGGAAGCGGGAGACACGCGUGUUGGGACAGGGAGGGGGGUGGGUGGCAGGAGGCCACGUCUCUUUCUCCUUCCCUCUGUCUCUCUUUUUCUGGGAAGCGUCCAUGAUGGCCCGGACCCUCCUUCUCAAGCGCACAUCCGUGCGCCCCUCUCCAAAAAGCGGUGUUUGGAGAGGCCGGAUUGGGGGACCAUCGUUCGUGGCCUCUGGGCGCCGAGAAUCACUGUCCCGAUAUAUCGUAGACAGAGAGAACUCCGCUAAAACGCUUUUUCCGUCGCACAAUGCUGCCUGUGCAUGUUCACUCCGAAGUAAGCCUCGUGGAGUUGGGGGGAGCUUUGCUCCGAAGUAAGCGCAGCGUAGCCUGGAAAGGGAGCGCGUAACGGGCCUUACUUUUCUACCCAAACUAGCCCGCUCCGUCUCCCAACCCGCCACUUUGCAACAUAAUUUUUUUGCAGCCUCGUCCUGUAAGCACGCGCUUACUUCGGAAACAAAUCCUGUUGCUCUGAACGCGGUUUACUCUCGAGUAGAUGCGAGGCUGGGGCGGGGUUGCUGUCCUAAAAGGAAUCCAUAUUAAAGCAGGCGAUGGGUGAAGAAUCCAAAAAUCAAAGCCCAGAAAUGCUGCAAUCCUAUCUAUGUGUCUCUUUACCUGUUGAACUUUGCUUUGGCACAAAUCUUUUUAUUUUAGCAGGAAUUUUAAGUUUUCUUAUUUGUUUUGCGGCUCGUUUUAAACUGGCUUUGUUUUUCCUGUAUCUUGUGACCUUACCUUAGACAUCACCUUUUGGAGAAGAGGCACAGAAAGGGUCAAAAGGUAGCUAUUAAUUACAUCUACUCGGAAGUAAACCCCCAUGAGUUCAGUGGGGUUUACUACCAGGCAAAUGGGUGUAGUAACUUGGGUGUAGCUGAAAGAAAUAUAUGGGGUUUUCUGUGCUGCGUGAAUGGGUUGUAAAUCACCCUUUGGAUCCUGUUGUAAUUCAGGGACCCCCAAAUCUUAGCCUUGGUAUUCAGUUUGCCAAGAGACCCCUAAAAAAAAUCCCCCACCCCAAAUUUCCUCCUCUAACCAGAUAUCCUGUCUUUAAAUAAUUUGCUGAAGGCUCCCCCCGUCCCCGAAAUCCUCUAUUCCGAUUCCAGCUGUGUUAAUCCAGAUUAAAUUCCAUUUUUUUAUUCCGGUUUUAGUGAAACGGAUAAGGAUGUUUGGCUGUUGCAAGGAGCUGGCAUAAACCGCCCAACCCAUUUUUCAAUUCUUUACACGUCUUAUUUUGGGUGGGUGGGAUCUACUCGUUGGCUCUCCUGUUCUGUUGGGGAUGCUCUACAUCAAAUUCAGAAAAUGGGAUUUUGGUACCCCUGCCCUUCAGGACAUCUUUUCAUUUUGCAAUAAUUCCCAGAGAAUCCUCUGAAAGAAUAUUUAUUGGGUUGUAUAUGGACUGUGUUUCUCCGUAUUGUAGGAGGAGGAAAGACUUUGUUAAAAUAAAAUCUAUACAACACCCCACAGAGAUAAUUUUGUACCGCAGAUGGAAGGAAAAUAUUUCAUUUUUUAAAAACCUGUAAAAAAUGCAUGUAAUUCGUUCCAAUUCCCCACUCACCCCUUAAAAAAAAACAACACCUAGGCCUUCUCUUUGAUGCAAGGCCUUUGGGUGACAUUACAGCAGCUAACCAUUUUCUACCUGGGGAAUUUGGACCAGCUUUUGAUUCUGAUUUUAAAAAUCACCUUUUUGGCGUGUGUGUGAUUAUGUGCAUUUAAAAGAAAAUUCCCAUUCAUGGUGGAAUUGCACCAGCAGGAACUGGCAGUCCUUAAUCUGGAAGUAAAAUCCACUGCAAAGCUGACGCCCCCAGCCGGGGCGCUGACCUCCUAAGCCUUUUGGACUGCCACUCCCAUGAUCCCCAGCUGAUCCCCUGGGGGCUGAUGGGAGUUGUGGUCCAAAAGGUCUGGAGGGCACCAGGUGGCAUGGCUUUCGGAUUGAGGAACUUUGUAAGACACAGUUUAAAGUGGUGAAAGGAUUGUUCCUUGCUUGCUAGAACAAAAGACCUCAUAAGUGUACAGCAGCGUCUAAAAUAUUUAUUAAUAAUGCCAAAUAAUACAAAAAAAAGUCAAGAGUUACAAGAGAAAUUAAUAAUAAUAAUAAUAAUAAUAAUAAUAAUAAUAAUGAAUUUAUUUCCCAGCCCCUCUGGGUGGCUUCCAACAGAAUAUUAAAAAUAGAAUCAAACAUUAAAAAUUUCCCUAAACAGGGCUGCCUUCAGAUGUCUUCUUAAAGUAAGAUAGUUGUUUAUUUCCUUGACAUUUGAUGGGAGGGCGUUCCAUAGGGCGGGCGCCACCACCGAGAAGGCCCUCUGCCUGGUUUUCUGUAACUUUGCUUCUCGCAGCGAGGGAACUGCCAGAAGGCCCUCGGUGCUGGACCUCAAUGUCCAGACUGGGUGAUGGGGGUGGAGACGCUCCUUCAGGUCUACUGGGCCAAGACCAUUUAGGGCUUUCAAGGUCAGCACCAACACUUUGCAUUGUGCUCAGAAAUGUAUUGAGAGCCAAUGUAGGUAUUUCAGGACCGGUGUUAUAUGGUCUCGGCAGCCACUCCCAGUCACCAGCUGCCACAUUCUGGAUUCAUUGUAAUUUCCGGGUCACCUUCAAAGGUAGCCCCACGUAGAGCGCGUUGCAGUAGUCCAAGCCGGAGAUAACUAGAGCAUGCACCGCAAUAUACAUCACCAAUUUUAAACCAUUUAACUGAGACCAUGUAGCAAAAUGCCAUGCUAAACUGAGUUGACCAGGAAACAAAAGAUUUCAGCAGGGGCCAAAAAUGUACAAUGAAGAAGCCUGUCUAAUUUCAAUGUGCGGGAAGUUGCGAAGUGUAGGUAGACAUGGCAAUUGUAAAUGGGCCAGUUACACAGAUCCCAGCAGUGAAUGGGUAUAGAUGGAGACGAUCCAGCAAGUAAACUGGUCCCAAGCGGUCAAGGGCUUUACAUACCAAUAGUGACACCUGGAUCUAUGCUGAUUUCAUUUGUGGCCCCGUCAGCGGUGCAAAAGGAGGGGGCAGGCAGGGGAAUCGCAACUGGUUUUCUGACGUUACUCCUCUCUCCCUGUAUUUGACUGGAAAGGCCACGACUGCGUGGCAGACCUAGGCCCAUAUAAGGCAGCUUUCUUGCUCAUUAAACCAGCCUUUAAUUUUGAACCAUGAGGACUGGAUCCUUGGCUUUCUUUUUAGGUGAGGCGUUGUAGCUCUGGUUUGCAGAAGGUGUCUGCUUCGAUUCCCGGGAUCUCCAGCUAGGUCUCCCAUCUGAAACCCUGCAUGGCUGUUGCCGGUCAGUGUAUCUUGCAUGUCCAAAGUCCGUUUUGGGGGCCUAAUUCGUUCCGCUGGUCAGUUUAAUCUGGCCCCUGUGGCAGUUUAUUUCCUGGGGUAAAAUACAGUGGCACCUCUGGAUGCCGACGGGAUCCGUUCUGGAGCCCCGUUCGCAUCCAGAGCAGAACGCAACCCACGACUCGCCGCUUCCGCGCAUGCGUCAUUUUGAGCGUCUGUGCAUGCGCGAGCGGCGAAACCCGGAAAUAAUGCGUUCCCGAAAACCCUCAACCCGAAGCUACUUCAACCCAAGGUAAUGACAAAGCUCAAGAACUUUGGUGUAAAAUCAUAAAAAAGCUUAGCAACUUCAAUCUUAAAAAAGGAACUUUGGUUGGCCCUUUGGCCAGCCCUCACGGCCCUUCACUUCAUCAAAUCUGGCCCUCUAUGAAAAAAGUUUGGACACCGCUGGUGGACGAUCCUGAGCUGGUUUGGCCCUGUAAAAGGCAGCUCCGUGUCUUCCUAGGAUUGCAUCCUUAAGGCAGCCACAGAUUUUGCAAGUGCCCUGACUCAGGAGCCCGGCAUCCUCGCAGAUCUGUGCAAAUGAAGGCAACAUCAUCCAUAAGGUUAAUACAUAGAGUCUGUAGUAAGUCAAGAUGCACAAAGUGGUUUUCUAAUUUGCAUGUGUACCCCGGCUUGGGACAACUAAACCCCUAAAUAUUGGGUCUGUGCAGUGUAAGGAGGAGUUACAGCUAGUGGGCCAUAUUUCUCUGCUGGCUUCCAAUGUAAAUAGCAGUCUGUGGUGAACCUGUGGCAUUCCAUGUCGCAUCGGACUCCAGUUCCCAUCAGCCCCAGCCAGCAUGCCCAACGGUCAUGGAUGAUGGGUGUUGUACUCCAGCAAUAUUUGGAAGGCCACAGGUUCCCUGGCGUUUAGGGUCAGCGGUGAGAAAACUGUAUGUGACGAAAAGUACCUAAACCAGAAGGGAGUGUUUCACAUCUGCAGUGGGAAGGAUGUUCCCAAGUCCUUGUCACACCUGGGCUUGGAUUUUCACUCUGCCCUGGGUGGCAAGGGAGUUUGCUGCUUCUAGGCAACCAGGAUGCAUUACAGGAAUGAAUUCCCUUCAUUUCUCUACCCUGAUGACUGACUCAGGAAUGCUUUGCAGGCAGGCGAUGAAAAUCCAACAGAUUUCUCUGCAAGGCUGCUAGAUCUAAUGAGACGCUUCAAUUUAUGAAACUUGCAUCACUCAAGGUGGUACCGAAACAAUAUUUUAGGUAAAAACGACCCCUUGUUUGCAGUUCUUUUGCCCCUGGAAAAAUAGGUGGGGGAACUCAUCAUGAAGUAAGUUUGUUUAUUUAUUUAUUGCGGGCUCAGUCGCAGUGCUGCCACACACGCCCUCCCCACCAGUGCAGUGGCUAAAUGUAAAAUGUGAUUAAUAAACUCAAGCAGACAAUUAUGUGGAUCAAAAAUGGCCGCACCCUUAUUGAUUACAGAUACAGGUGGAUUUUUGGCUCAGGCAUUGGGUGUAUAUCCAUUCCAGACAAAAAAGAAAAAAUUAAAAGGUAAGGAAACUUAGUUCGCCUGCUCAAAAAUAUCCCCUGCUUGUUUGUAUUUGUUUGUGAAUCUCUAGCUUGGCUGAUCCGAAAGACAUGAGCGGAUUUGAUGCAGCUGAGUUUGGGCUUGAUCCUGAAAAGGGAGUGGCUGUGUCGGACUGAGAAUUAUCACGCCUUUCUUAAGAUUGCAUAAUCCGCUGCAGAGUUUAUUCAAGUCGCUUCCCAGUGUUGGCGGCACUGCUCAUUGCACCAUGAGGCCUAGGCCCUUGCCUUUUUCUUUGCAAAUAGAAGCUCAGAUUCUCAGAAUCCCACAUCCUGACAGACGGAGGUUGUAUCCUGACAAGACAGAAGUACUGUUUUGGGGGGACAGGAGGCGGGCAGGUGUGGAGGAUUCCCUGGUCCUGAAUGGGGUAACUGUGCCCCUGAAGGACCAGGUGCGCAGCCUAGGAGUCAUUUUGGACUCGCAGCUGUCCAUGGAGGCACAGGUCAAAUCUGUGUCCAGGGCAGCUGUUUACCAGCUCCAUCUGGUACCCAGGCUGAGACCCCACCUGCCCGCGGACUGUCUCGCCAGAUUGGUGCAUGCUCUGGUUAUCUCCCGCUUGGACUACUGCAAUGCGCUCUACGUGGGGCUACCUUUGAAGGUGACCCGGAAACUACAACUAAUCCAGAACGCGGCAGCUAGACUGGUGACUGGGAGCGGCCGCCGAGACCACAUAACACCGGUCUUGAAAGACCUACAUUGGCUCCCAGUACGUUUCCGAGCACAAUUCAAAGUGUUGGUGCUGACCUUGAAAGCCCUAAAUGGCCUUGGUCCAGUAUACCUGAAGGAGCGUCUCCACUCCCAUUGUUCUACCCAGACACUGAGAUCCAGCACCGAGGUCCUUCUGGCGGUUCCCUCACUGUGAGAAGCCAAGUUACAGGGAACCAGGCAGAGGGCCUUCUCGGUAGUGGCGCCCUCCCUGUGGAACGCCCUCCCACCAGUUGUCAAAGAGAACAACAACUAGCAGACUUUUAGAAGACAUCUGAAGGCAGCCCUGUUUCGGGAAGCUUUUAAUGUUUGAUGUAUUAUAGUAUUUUAAUAUUUUUUUGGAAGCCGCCCAGAGUGGCUGGGGAAGCCGAGCCAGAUGGGCGGGGUAUAAAUAAUAAAUUAUUAUUAUUAUUAUUAUUAUCCUGUAUCCCAGGCCGUAUGUUGGUCUGCUGAUGUAAAAACAGUUGCAUUACACCUGGCCCAGUCUGCUUGCAGUCCAGCCAUCUUUGGAAACGGGCCUACUGAUCCCAAACUCUUAGCUAACUGAUGCUUUUUAUAGCAGGGCCUCCUUGUGAGGUGAAGCUUUCUGAAGGCCAAGGGCCGCAUUCCCUUCUGGGCAAGUACCUGGGGUCCACAUGCCCAUGGUCGGCAGGGCCAGAGGGAAAAGGGGGCAGAGUAACAAUUUUUUGUCCACUUGGCUAGUUUUUACACUCAAACCUCCCGUCCCAAUCCUCCUUGCAGGCUAGCAAAAGGCAAGAACAGAGUUCAAGGAGAUUUUCCAGCCCGGCAAAAACACUCAAUGAGGCUGCGAAUGAGAGGCAGUGAGUGAAUCAGAGGAGGGUUUGCAGGGCCAAAUAGAAAAGUCUAGGGGGCCACAUUGAUUAAACAUUGAUACCGUUGUGCGGUAAGUAGUUCGCUGUGGAACAAAGUGCUUCAAAUGGUCCCUGCCAGUCACUGAGUGGCAAAUACGUCAGAAACGUGUUUUGGAAUUGGGAGGAAUUGAGUGGUGUGUGGAAUUUCAAGGGUUUGAUGUUCUCCACCAGAAAACUCUUUUCUGGCUGUGAGUUGAUUCACGUGGAAGGAACAAAACCGGGUUUGAAACAGGGGCUCGGGGCUCCUUUCGCACUGACACGACUCAGAAGCGACGUGGGUACGUUUGAGAUCGAUGUGGAGCGUCCCAAAUUUUAUUUUUCCAAACAGGAGGGAUAUAUUUUUCCUCUUCCACCCUGACAUUGAAGGGGGCGGGGCGCUUUUGGGUUGAAGGAUGAUGAGAUUCUGAAAAUGAACUGCGCCCCCCCUCAAAAGGUGUUUGGAUUCCACAGUCUCUCUUUUGAAGCGAAAUUUCUGCCAGAGCUUAAAAAUGGGGAAAUCGGUGGCGUGUGAUGCUGGGCGUGAACCCCAGAGGACAAAAGAAGACGUGCGGGGAAAUUGCCUAAUUUUCAGGUGUUGAAAGUGGGUGAGCCGGUAAUCCACAGGGUUUAGUGCUGGGUGCAGGCGUGCGCUGCAGAGCUGUGGUGGCGCAGGUCUAAGACGCCUGCUUUGAUUGCAGAAGGUUCAAUCCUCAGCAUUGGGAGAUUUGUUUAUUUUGAAUAAAUUUCAUUAGAAAUUAGAAAUCCGAAACUAAAACGUUAAUCUAGAUAAAAACACAGAUCCAGAGGAAAGGGAGAGAAAGAAAAAAGAAGGGGGAAAGAGAGAGGCGGGGGUAGAGAUAAAUAGAAAAAUGAUUAAACGAGGGAAAAGGGAAUAAAGGGGGGGGGUUAAUUUAAGAAACUAAAGAACUUCUGAUUCUUUUGUCUGUCCAGUAGAACACCUAGCCAGGUUACUUUCUGAAAACCAACAUUAUCUUCAGCCUUCAAACCCAAAUGUCAUUCAUUCAUUUUGUUUUUCACGCAAAAAAUUAUCAGGAGGUUUAAGACAGGCAGAAGAGAGCCCUAGAUGGACCACUGGCAGACUCCUCUUAUAUAUUAUAUUUUCAGCCCACCUUUUCCACCAAGUUGCUCUGUGCUGGCCGUCAACUUAGAGAACUUUAAAAGAGGGAGAGAUUCACGGAGAAGAAAACUCCUGGAGACUCCUCGCCACAGUGGCUGAAUCUGGGACUUGGGAUGAGCUCAGUUGGUCGAGCAUGAGGCUCUUAACCUCAGGUUCAUGGGUUCAAGCCCCAAAUAUGGCAAAAGAUUCCUGUUUUGCAGGGCGAUGGACUAAAUGACCCUCAAGGUCCCUUCCAACUUUGGAAUCCUAUGAUCUGUGAUCUUAUUCUACGUCAGUGCAUUCCAGUAACUGGGAAUCACAAGGGAAGAGAGACUCUACGUGAAGUUUCUCCAAGGAUCUGUCCUGUUCCCCAAAGACCAGGGCUGCGGAAGAGCUCUGUGUCGCUCUGCGGAUUGCUAGCUUCCCUCCAUCCAAGCCGAGGUUGGGAGUGGAGAGGGAUUCCUGUCGACAGUGUUGACCGAUGUGCUUCCAACAUGCUCUGCUGUGUCUUCCGAGGGUGUCUGCAUGGUGAGAUCUCUGCUCUAGGAGUGUGUGCUGGCGUGCGGCUGGGUUUUUGCGGCGGCAAAGAACCAAUUCCUCCCUUUCCGAUUCAGUUCGCAGCUAAUCUGCUCUGAAAGCUGCCGGGCGGCUCAAAGCGGCGUCCUGCCGUGUUGUUCCAUGUUUUGCUUUUAUUUCCUUUCUUCCUGCGGCACCUCCAUGCGCUUGAGCGUCAAGAGAGGGCCGGACUCUGCGUGUGGAGUGGCAAGGAGCUUCUUUAGAAGAAGACGGGGCUUACGCCAAUGCGAUGGGAGGAUAUGCUUGCCUGCUUUGCGUCCGGCGGGAGUCUUGUAUUUCUCCUUCCCCAGAAUGUGGGCAAGAUUCGUGCAGACCAGCAGGGCUGUGUUGGACAGGGCCCUUGCCACAUUUUAUUCCAGAUGCCAGGAGAUGGCCCAAAGCUCCGUGACGGGCCACCUGCUUCGUUCCUGUUCUGUCUGCCCUUAAUUCAGAACCAUGAGGACUGGAAACCUGUUUUAUCUUCAUGGGGAAGAGCCAUUGCUCAGUGGGAGAGCACCUGCAUGCAGAAAGUCCCAGGAUCAGUUCCAGGCAGCAUCUCCCAGUAAGGCUGGGAAACACUCCUUUCCUGGAGAGACCCUGCCAGUCAGUGUAGACAAUACCAAUGUAGAUAGGCCCUAUGGGCUUACUCAAUAUGAGGCAGCUUCUUAUGUCCCUAUGUAUAUCUUCCUUUUCCUCUUCUUGGAUGCAAGUGGAAGGUUAGCGGAAAGGUCCUGUAAGGCGGUAGCAAAAAGCUGGUUGGUGGAAGGCAGCGACUGGCUAGCGCCUGUGACGUCUCCAAGACCCCUUUCCGCCCCAGGUUGUUGGAGCGGUUUUGCAAUUCUUGGACGAUCUCCCCUCCCCCCACCCACUUUUUCCUCUUUCUAAAUCUCUGCUCCUUUAGAUAAAUAAAUAAAUAAACUCCAAUGAAAGGUAAAGCCACAAACCAGUAAAUGUACAGAUGGUGUUUGCUUAAAACAAAACAAAUAAAUUGAAGCAACAAUGGGGCAGCCCACCGAGGCAUGCAAGGAAUUGCUAGAAUGUGAAGGAGGCUGAAGGCGGGAGUGAAAAAUCUUUUGCACCUUCUCUUCGAAGCUCAGGCUUUUGCCCUGAGUGCUGAGUUCCCUAAGGGUGUCCUGGAAGCUGCGAGGCGCAUGUUAUUGUUCGGAUCCUUGUGGGGCCAAACGGAGAAAAUUUGGAGGGCCGCAGAAAAAGGGCAGAAAUGAAGGGCAGUGAAUUUCAGGGCCGCAACCUGCCCUGAAAUUCACUGCCCUUCAUUCCUGCCCUUUAGUUAACACGGUUAAAUAUUUCCUGGUUGGCUCAGUUUCCCAAGCAAUAGGUCUGUUGAGCCUUUUGCAGCAAAACCCACAGUGUCUUGCGGCCCCUUAAAGACUAACAGAUUUAUUCUGGUGUGACGCAGGAAGGCUGCCUUACGCUGAGUCAGACCAAUGGUCCACCUAGCUCAAUAUUGUCUACACUGGCAGGCAGCAGCUCUUUAGGGUUCCAGGCAGGGGGACGUUCCCAGCCUGAGCUGGAGAUGCCGCUGGGAGGUAGAGCCUGGGACCUUCUGUCGGUAAGGCAAGCGCUCUACCAUAGAGCUGUGCCCCUUCCACUACAAGUGAAGUUAGAUUCUAGUCCUCAUGAUCCAAUAUCUAGUACAGUGGCCAACCGGGUGCCUCUUCUGGGAAGCCCAGGACCUGACCACCCCCGCUUUAUGUGGUUACCAGCGACAUUCAUCUUGCACCAGCAGCAUUAAUCUGUACUGGCCAAUUCCUUCCUACGAAGAUGCUGCUGAUUCUGAUAUACAGUGGUACCUCGGGUUAAGUACUUAAUUCGUUCCGGAGGUCUGUUCUUAACCUGAAACUCUUCUUAACCUGAAGCACCACUUUAGCUAAUGGGGCCUCCUGCUGCCGCCGCGCUGCCGGAGCCCGAUUUCUGUUCUCAUCCUGAAGCAAAGUUCUUAACCUGAAGCACUAUUUCUGGGUUAGUGGAGUCUGUAACCUGAAGCGUAUGUAACCUGAAGCAUAUGUAACCCAAGGUACCACUGUACCUGAAACCUCAUUUUUUUGUUGAAACUGUCUCAAAAUGCUCUUGAUGGGAAAGAUACCCUGGCCUUGGAAAAGCAAUUAAACCACGUGGCAUGCUUAAAAAAAACUAACACCUUUGUCGCGGUUUGAUCCACAAGCGACAGCAAUGAAAUCUUUUUAUGUCCGCUCACCUGUUUUAAAAGCCUUUCCAGCGAACUCUGGACAGGCCCUGGAGAGCCUAAUAAGUUUACUUUAUGAGGAAUAUCGAAAAUUGAAUCCUGGCCUGCCUUUGCUCCACGCGCCCCCUGAGUGUCUUUAGGGAAGCGUUAGGAGUGGCUGCAAAUUUUAUAUUUUGGUUCUGCUUUUUUUCUAUGAGAACAUAGCACUUUAAAAAAAAAAGUAAAUAAAUGAUGGUGUCUUUAAGAAGGGGGAAAGGGGGUUGGGCAGGGGCUGGCAUUCCCCGAAAGUUCAGUAUUGUGGUUUGGAUUUGUGAUCCUGCAGAGUGCUGAGUAAUUUUGGAGGCGUGUGGGGAUGUGGUUCUGCUUUGUAAGGACCUAUUAAUCUGGGGAUAACAGAGCUUCGCUUGUAAGAUUAUAACUGGCAAUUAACGUUGGGUGGAUCAGGUUUCGAAACAGGAGGUUUAUAAAAACGGAAGGUUUGGUGCACUCGGAGUUUGGGGAGGCAGGCUUGAAGUGUGCAUCUGAGAUCUGGAUGGGGGGGAAUUAGUUUUUAAAAAAGAGAAAAAAAGAACCCAGAUAUCUAUUGUAUGGAUCUGCAAUUUUGAGGCCUCAGGACCAAAUCCAGCCCUCCUAACUGAUAGCUUCCCAGUGGCAUGACUGGGGAUCUCUGAUUUUCUGCCUGCUCGACUUGCAGCUGAACUCUUGCGAAGCUCAUGCUACUUGCCUGAAUAAACCCGAAUGCUUGCAAAGAGUGCUGUUGUCUCGGCUGAGUAGCGCAGUCUGUGUACAUUCUGUAAAGUACCUACCAAAGCCAUGCAUACAGUUGGUUUUAAAAAGGUAUUUGUUUCUGAAUUGUCUUGCAGCUGACCCCUUGCAAAGCUCUCCUGAAAUUAGUCUACGGAGGAGACGAGCUCUUGUAAGGAGGAGUUCUGCUGUACUGGCUUUUAAUUCUUGAUUUUAAAGUUGCAGCUGAACUCUUGCAGAGGAGCUGAGCUUUGGCAGAGAUGUCCCAGUUUGAUUUGGCGGUUUGCCGGGACAAGACCUGAGCCAGUAGGAAGAGAUUUCUCAUAGGCAUUAGUGAGUCAGACCAUAUAUACUGAGUCAGACCAUUGGUUCGUUUUGCUCCAUCUGAAAAUUGUCAGGAUUGGACCCGAACUUUCUGCAUCCAAAGCAGAACCACAACCCUUCCCCAUAGAUCUGUGGGGGGCUGGACUGGCACCACAUCUCCUCUACAGAAGGUUGCUAGGUGCUGAUACCCAACCCGGCACAAGUUGCUAGGCAACUGCAGCAUCACUCCCUUGUCCUGUCAAACUGGCUGCCCCAGGUUGGUUCUCUGAGCAGCAGUUUAAUGGUGGCAGGUAGCUCCUCCCCUCCCCUUUCAAAUUAAGUAGGCGGGGGCUUAUCUGCUAAUACCAGCUGUUGGACCCAGAGACAUGACUGUUCUGGGAGAUCUAGAAAAACCAGGAGCCAGGCCUAGUCGCUCCCAGAUGUUGCACAGAUGUUGUUCUGCUUAGCCAAAGAGAGAGAGAAGGCGAUUAUGAUAUUACUGGCAUAUGGGGCCUAUUUAUUGUUCCCUUAAUACUCAGAAAGUGCUGGGUUGAAGCUGCCCUAAGCUUGCAAAAGGAGGCUGGCUGAACUGUCCUGCAUCUUCCAGAAAGGUGUAAAGGGGUGGGGUGAAGGGGUAUAUACUCAGGGUUAUAGCAGGUGCUAGAAAUUCACCAGGUGCGUUUUGUGACUGGCGCGGGUCCAUCUGGGACCAUGUGGAGAUCUCUGGAGGCCAGGAUGGCGACAGACGUCUCCACCUGGCUGGCCCCUCCAGCUUUCUUAAGCAGGUAGUAAGCCGUCAAACAAACCCCCCCUGUUGCAAAGAGAACGUCAGCAAUGUCUAGGCAACACGAUGACCAUGUACCUACGCAAUAGACAAUCUUUAUAGAAUUCCUUCAAAGCAUAACAAGUACAAAAUGAAAUCUAUAGUCUCGAAGUCUCUGAAAAUCUUUAAAUGAAGCAAGGUACCAGACUUUGUACGAUGAAAGAUAAGCUGUGAAGCUUUGUGUAUUCAGCAAAUAUUGAUGUCCAAGACUAAACAGAGAUUCCGGAUAUUGACUACUGUUUCGUAGAAUUCUUCGUCAGCAUGGUGGGAGGAUAUAGAAUUGCUUCAUAAACCCAUCUUAAUUUGAAUGAAUGUAUGUAAAUGAAAAUAUCAAAUGCUGUGGAACAGUGCUCGUGAAAUAAUUCUUACUUAAGCAGGUGAGCUUAUUUAUUGCAUUUACAGUAUAUCCCACCUUUUCCCUCGGGAGUUCAUGGUUAAUCCCUACAGUGUCCCUGUGACUGACUGCAAGGUCACCCAGUGAGGUUCCUGACCAAGUGGGGAUUUAAACCCUGAUCUCUCCAACACUCUUAACCACUGAAUCCCACUGGCUUCCUAGAGUUCUUCUGCUGUGGGGCAGCUCUGUAAAUUAAGGAGGUAAAUGAAUAUGGGGAAAGCGAAAAGCCCCUUAGAGAAGGAUCUGAAAUAUUUCCUUUGUCCCCUGUGAGAACAGGAGGCAGGACUAGACGGGCCACUGGCCUGAUCCAGCAGGACUUCCCUUAUACAGUGGUACCUCGGGUUACAUACGCUUCAGGUUACAGACUCCACUAAACCAGAAAUAGUACCUCGGGUUAAGAACUUUGCUUCAGGAUGAGAACAGAAAUCGUGCUCCGGCGGCCCGGUAGCAGCAGGAGGCUCCAUUAGCUAAAGUGGUGCUUCAGGUUAAGAACGGUUUCAGGUUAAGAGCGAACCUCUGGAACGAAUUAAGUACUUAACCUGAAGUACCACUGUAUUUUUAUGACUGGUGUGAAUUUUGUACAUCUCUCUUCACAUUGCUUAAUUGCUUUUUAUAAAUGUGUUUUUAAAAUACUGUUUUUGCAUGUGGACGAGGGCCUUAAAUUCAGAUUUCUUCUCCCUCGUCCCCCUUGCCACAUGCUUUAGCCUGUUAGUUUUUGGUUGACACAUGCACACAACGCCCCCCCCCCUUUUGUGGCUUUGUGUUGUAAGCAUCCGUGGUGGAAAGGAAUGCCAAUCCUCCUUCCUGCCUGCAAAGGGAAGAGAUUCCAAAUGUGUUUAGCACUAACGUGAGGCAGGGGAUUAAAAUUCUCCUGCGGCUCAGCAGAAAUGCAACCUCCUUUCCUUGAUUUUGCGCUGAGAUUUUGCACUGGAGAAAAACACGGCUGAUCAUAGAAUUGUGGAGCUGGGAGGAAACGAGGUGUGUGCUUGUUAGCAAGUGGGGGGAUGUGGCCCUCCAUACUUCUCUGCCUGGCCCUUGGGCCUCUCUCCAGGCCACGUCUUCUGCCCCCAAAGGCCUCGAACCCUCCUGGAGUGUUUCUGCCUGGCUGUGUGUGUGUAGUCACUAGCCUACUGCAGAAUGAUAAAAUUAUCAUUUGUUGCUCCACCCACCUUUGUCUCUGGCCCUGCCCACUCCUGACAUGUGGCCCCGGAGAGGUUUCCCAGAAGGCAAUGUGGCCCUUCGGCUGAAAAUGAUUCCCUACUUCUGAUAGAUACACAAACCCUCCCAACCCCCAGGAAGAUCAGAGAUUAGGGGUGUUGUUUGCAUCAGUUGAAGGAAAUUUUAAAUGAUGAAAUUUGAUGGGUUCUUAGCAGUGCAGUUCUCUACAGGUCUACUUGGAGCUCAUAGGGACUUGCUCCCAGGCAGCAGGUAUAUAGCACCUUUGUCGAUCAAGCUGUUGAUUCAACUGGUAGAUGGGUUUUAAAAAAUAAUAAUCCCAGUACAGUCAAGCCUUGGUUCUUGAACAGCUACGUUUUUGAACGAUUCAGCUCCCGAACGCUGUUUUUGAACAUUUUUCGGAAGUCAAACAGCUUCCGGGGAUGUUUUUCCUUUUUUCUCCAUUGACUUUGCUGACUGCUCUUUGAUCAUCAGUUAUCAAACGUUUCGGACAACUGAAGUUUGGCUGUAUUUAUUCUGAAAUCUGAAGAGGCAGAGCUUUCUUAAAAGUUCAGAUGCCACAGCGACGUGUCUAAGCAGGCAUCUAAGGAAGGAUUUUCUGUUCUUGUUCAGUGGACAAAGGCAUGUCUCGUGCUUAUCCAAAGCUUUUGGAAACAGGCUUAAAGGCAUGCAGGACAGCUUGGGUUAUUUGAUCCGUUAGGAUUGUGGAAGGGUAGGCCAACCCCCUGCGAUGCAGGAAUCCCAGUGACCAUCCAGCCUCUGCCUAAAAACCUCCAGUGAAAGAGAUCCCACUAUCUUCCGAGGUAGCCUGUUCCACCAUGAAACAGCUCUUAGCACCAGAAAGUUCUUCCUGGUGUUUAUUCAGAAUCUCAUCUCUUUUGCAAUUUGAAUCCGCUGUUUCAGGCCCUGUCAUCCGGAGAGGCAGGAAACAAACUCUCUCCAUCUUCCAUGUGGCAGCCCUUGAGAUAAUUUGAAGAUGGCUACCCUAUCUCCACUUAGUCUCUUUUCUCUUCCAGGCUAAACGUCCUCAGCUCCUUCAACCGUUCCUCACCAGGCUUGGCUUCUGGAUCCUUGAUCACCCUGGUCGUCCUCCUCUGCUCACCUUCCAGUUGGCUGUCUCCUCCAUCUCUAUAUUACUGGUUACGAUGAUGGGGCGGCUCGAGGGGAGCUAACAAUCCUCAGCUGUGUUUUUCUCAUAAUCUCUCUCCCCCACCCCACCGCCUUCCAGGAAGGCUACACACACACACAUAUUUUUUUAUCUGGCCUUGUGCUUUCACAUCUGGCUGAAAUCUGGACUGCCGGCGGUCAGGCCAGAUGUGGCGGCUCGACUUGAGCAGGAGGGAUUAUUUCAUAAGGCGGCUUUCUUGUGGCAAUGUCGAGGCUUGAAAGGAUAAAAAGAUAGAUGUCUGAUCACUUCCUCGCUGCCUUUAUUAUUAUUAUUUUUAUUAAAGAAAAAGGCGGACUGACGCCCACAAGAGCUCAAUGUAUGCAGAGGCUUCGCUGUUUUCCUUUGCCUAAUUCCCUUUUGGAGCCAUCCCAAAUUGGUGGCAGUCACCAGUGCACAUCUAUCGGCAGAGAAUUGUACUAGUGUGCUUUGCGAAGAUGCACCUCUCACUUGUCUGCCCUGAAUAUUUUGCCCACCCUGGGAUGACUCCCAUUGGCUGAACUGCUGUGAUGUCACAGAGAGGCAGCAGCCUGAUGCUGGGCUACAGAGGAAUUCUCAAAUGACAUUUAGGAUAUGAAAUCCCAGAUCAGUAAGGAAUUCCUGGCAAACUGUACCGCAUAUUAAUAAUUCCUGCUUUGCCAGGGAGUUGGACUAAAUGACCGUUUGGGUGCCUUCCAGCUCUACAGUUCUAUGAUUCUUGUAUAAUAAUAAUAAUAAUUUUUAUUUAUACCCUGCCCUCCCCAGCCAAGGCCGGGCUCAGGGCGGCUAACAAGCAAUAAUAAAAACAAAUUGAAUGAAUACAACUUAAAAACAAGAUUAAAAUACAACAUUAAAAUAUUGAAACAUUAAAAUAUUAAAAUGCAGCCUCAUCACAGGAGGAGAAAGGAAAAAAGAGAAAGAGGGGGAGGGGGAGGGAGUCAAAUUGAUUCUAAGCCCAAAGGCCAGGCGGAACAACUCUGUCUUACAGGCGCUGCGGAAAGAAAUCAGAUCCCGCAGGGCCCUGGUCUCAUGAGACAGAGCAUUCCACCAGGACGGGGCCAGUGUUGAGAAGGCCCUGGCUCUGGUUGAAGCUAAUCUAACUUCCUUAGGGCCAGGGAGCACUAGGGUGUUGCUAUUUAUGGACCUUGAGGGUCUCCGUGGGGUAUACUGGGAGAGGCGGUCCCGUAGGUACAAGGGUCCUAGGCCGUGAAGGGCUUUAAAGGUCAAAAGCAGCACCUUAAAUCUGACCCUGUACUCCACCGGGAGCCAGUGCAGCUGGAAAAGCACUGGGUGAAUAUGCUCCCAUGGCAGAGACCCCGUGAGGAGUCUUGCUGCAGCAUUCUGCACCCGCUGGAGUUUCUGGGACAGCUUCAAGGGCAGCCCCGCGUAGAGUGAAUUACAGUAGUCAAACCUGGAGGAGACCGUCGCAUGGAUCACUGUGGCCAGGUCGUGUAUUAUUUACACCGCUUUUUAGCAUACAUCAUCCCUAAAGCUCACAGUAGUUCACAGGGGUGAAGCUUGUAUGUAACUAGUCGCCUGGGGCGAGUAAGAAUCUACUCCAUUCAAUCAGCCGAGAAGGGCAGGCAGGUGAACAGCUUUGGAAAAUCUUCAAUACUUUCUGCAGUGAGGUGUAUACAGUAUUGGAGUAGAGCUGAUUGUAGGACCCCUUUGGGGUCAAGUUUGUGUAGCCUUUCCACAAAAGGAUGGCUCAUUGGGUGACAAUGUGACAGCCGCAACCCACUGGGUAUUUUUGUGUGUGUGUGUGUUUUGUCACUAGGCUGUUUUGGAGGCUGCAGAGUAGCUUAGGAGAUGAUAGGCUCUGCAUCUUCUGGGUCGAUUCUCCCAUUGUGGCAUUUUGAUCUCGCUGUUGAGAUGAAAGGAAACACCCCCUUUUUUUGCAUUCGAAAAGCAGGCCAGUUCAUUCUUCCGGGGCAAGGAUCUGAACAAUGGUUCUGUUUUUUCAUACAAACACACACACACACUCUCUCUCUCUCUCUCUGUGUGUGUGUGUGUGUGUGUGUGUGUGUAUAUAUAUAUAUAUAUAUAUAUAUAUAUAUAUAUAUAUAUAUUCUGUUGUGAGAUCCUUGAGAAAUCUCAGCAAUGUGUUCGUAUCAGCUGGCAGCAACAGAGAAGAGAAUAUCAUAGGAAAUGAGGUUUCAACAUCCAGCGUGAAUUUAGGCCAAGUGGGUCUUGGGGGUGGGAAUUUUUGGAAAGAAAAGAGGCUUUCUGAGGCGUUUGCAAGUGGCAGAAAAGCUGUUAACUCCCCUCCCCUCGCAUCCCGAGGAAGCCGCUAGAAAGCCCAAACAUUUUUCUUAUGGCUUCCUCAUCUUGCAUUUUUCAAAAUUUGAAUCGGAGCCAAACGGAUACGAUGAUGAACAUCUAUGUCUAUUUUGCCCUCUCGGUGACACCGCCAGAGAGGUGGCGUUUCCUUCCCUUCAGUAACAUAGGAACAACGUGAGCGGUCUUUUCCUUUGUCCAUCUGGCUCAGUAUUGUCUACACUGACUGGCAGCAGCUCUCCAGCGUAUCUUGCAAGAGGUUUCUCUCCCAGGCCUGCCAGGAGAUGCUGGCGAUUGACCCAUCAGAUGUUUAGUGCAUAAAGUAGGUGCUGUCUCACUGAGCUACAUUUCUCCUGAAAAAAAGCCAAGAUUCCGGUCCUUCCUCAUGUGUGAUGGGAAUGGUACAGUUUGAACCCAGAUCUCGCUCAGCUAAUUUUGCUUCCCCUCUCUUACCCCAUUAGAUGUCCUUUGGAGAGGUCCUUGCUGAAGGGAUUUUAUGGUUGUAAAAUCCAUGGCUGUUAACAGGUUUCCUGGGGUGCGUGGAAACCGUUUGAGAUAAUUUGCACAGGAUAAUUGACAUAAGAAAAAAUGAAGUUUGCAUCGUUAUUUUUCUGUUGCCCUGGGUCAGGUAUUGCCUUGAUGGUUCUCUCUGGAUGUUGCUAGACUAUAGGCACAUGCAUUUAAAGGGCUACGGUACCACUCUAAACAGUCUUUGCUUCUCCCCCACCACCAAAAAAAUUUUUUUUUUAAAUUCUGGGAGCUGUAGUUUGUUAAGGCUGCUGAGAGUUGUUAGGAGACCCUAUAUCCCCUUCCCAGAGCUAGAAUUCUCAGAGUUCCCUGCGAAGAGCAAUUGAUAGCUAAACCACUCAGUAUUAAAAAGUUAAAACAAACUAUAGUCGUACCUUCAUUCUCAAAUGUAACCCGUUCCGGAAGUCCGUUCGACUUCCAAAAAUGUUCAGAAACCAAGACACAGCUUCCGAUUGGCUGCAGGAGCUUCUUGCACUCAAUCAGAAGCUGUGUCGGAUGUUCGGGUUCCAAAGAAUGUUAGAAAACCAUAACACUUCCAGGUUUUUGGCAUUCGGGAGCCAAAACGUACGACUACCAAGGCGUUCGAGAACCAAGGUACGACUGUACAGCCGCAGGAAUAGGGUGGCUAACACAUACACAAGUGGGAAUGAGUGUACCUGUGUUGAUUUUUACUGUUCAAUUAUCGUGUACACAGGUAUGCAGGCUAUAGACUCGUUGGAAAGUUACAUGUGAAUACCUGUGCAAGGGCACAGCUCAUCUGUUUGUAUACAUAGGUUGUACACUGGUUGAAUGUAAUGUGCGAACAUCCCUACUGUAACCUAGGGAACCGGGAAUCCUGCGGCCCUCCUGGAUGUUGCGAGGCUACAAGUCCCACUAUACCUGACACUUGGCCACAUUGGCACUUCCAGUGGCACCAAGAGACCCGUCUUUGGCUUGGGGUUCAAGAUCUGGAGAGAGCGAGAUGCUUAGCAACUUGACAAACAAACCAAAGCACAUCCCUUUGGCUCUGUAACCUACACAAAGGAACGGAAGUGUUAAGACUCUCUGCAGCCCACAACCUGAUCGCUCGACAGCACUUUGUGGCUUCUGUGGUCUGUGAGAUGACGUCUGGAUUCCCGUCUGCUGAUGCUUUUGUGUGUGUGUUAAAUUACAUAAGCAUCUUUUUAAAGGUGGCAGCAGCCUAGUUCGUUUCUCUCUCCCCCCCCCCCCCAAGUCUGGCUUUAAGAAAGCUGAAGACAAGCCUUCACAAUUUUGUACCACUAGUUAUUGAGGAUGAACCAGGGAUUUUUAUUUUUUUAAAGUCGCUUCACGAACUCUUAGCUACAUUUGGAACUGGUGCCAAAUCGCAGCUACCUGGUGCGUAGAGCAAGAGGGUGUGGCCUUUUUCAGACCAGGGGGCCAAAUUCCCUUCUGGGAAAGCUCCCAGGGGCCACAUUCUAUUUGAGGGCGAGAGCAAAGGGAAAAGUGAGCAGAGCCACUAAUGUAACUGUAAGCUUUAAAUGUAUAUGUAGGCUUACGCUCUCUGUCCUCCGUGCAGGCAAGCAAAGAGGCGCAUUCAAGAGUUCGAGGCCACAUUCCCAGCCAGGCAAAAACCCUCAAGGGUGUGGAUCAGGAGCACUAAGGGGCCUGGGGACAGUAGGCUUGGAGUAGGGGCCGCCACAUUUGCAGAAGUUCCCCAAACCCUGGUUUGAAGGGUAAUAAGGCAUCUGAGGCACACGAUGAGAUACAACAAAAUUAUGAGCACUGUUUGAAGGUCAAGGUAAAGGGACCCCUGACCGUUAGGUCCAGUCGUGACCGACUCUGGGGUUGUGGCGCUCAUCUUGCUUUAUUGGCCAUGGGAGCCGGCGUACAGCUUCCGGGUCAUGUGGCCAGCAUGACUAAGCCGCUUCUAGUGAACCAGAGCAGCGCACGGAAACGCCGUUUACCUUCCCGCCGGAGCAGUACCUAUUUAUCUACUUGCUUUUUGAGGUGCUUUCGAACUGCUGGGUUGGCAGGAGCAGGGACCGAGCAACGGGAGCUCACCCCGUUGUGGGGAUUCGAACCGCUGACCUUCUGAUUAGCAAGCCCUAGGCUCUGUGGUUUAACUCACAGCGCCACCCGCGUCCCUUAUGAGCACCGUUUAAGAGAGGCUAAAUAGCACAUAUAGGCAGGCAGGCAGACCCACACCAUACUGCGGUGGGCAGAAGAUUUGAAAACUGGCAAAAGGGGACCUUUCUGCGUAGGAACAUCAUUAACAUAUGGAGCUGGUUAUUGCAGGAUGUAAAUGGUUCUCAGCUCCCCCCCAUCCCCAGCCACUGCCCAGAUUACAUGGCUUUGUGGGGGGCGGAGUUCCUAGUAUGUGAAAGACUCAAGUCCAUCAACCCGAUAUGUGGCAGCUCAGGGAAGACCCCAUGUUUAGAGGCAGUGCAUCUCAGUUCCAGAUGGCUAGGGUGGGGGAGUUUGGCAGGCAACAACUUAGAGGGGACCUGCUUGAGAUUGUCGCCCAGAGGCAAGAUCCUGGAGCAGUUUGAUUCAGCAGGGAAAUGCCAACAUUUUUUUAUCCAUUGUGGUAUAAAACCUCUGGAAAAACCGUUUGGGAAGGAGGAAGUGCCGGUGAACCAGCAAAUGCAACAGUCCAUGUCCCCCUCCCUGUUUCUUUUUAAUUUUUAACCCUGUCAUCGUCUUAGAAUCAUAGCCCCCUGCAAUGCAGGAAUCUUGGUUCAACCUGAUCUUUCUGUUGGGGCCACACUGUGGUGGUGGUGGUGGGGGGCAGUUGUGCCUUCAAUUGCGGGGGCAAAAUGCUGCCAGCUGAAAGAAAGGGCUUGAUCUGCAGCUUUUAGUCCACACUCGCUAUAUACUCCUCAUUACGUCUCUGGUAAUUAAGCUUGAGGGCAGAUUAGAAGCAGCGGGUGGGAAUCUGCAGACAAGCAGAUUUUGGCUAACAACGGCCUCUGUAUUUGUGCCAAGGCCACACCUCCCAACUGCCCUAUGUCCUUGAACUCUGAGCAUCCCUCUUGGGCGCUUGGAUGGAGAAGAGAAACGCUCUUGUCUUGUGAGUGUUUGUAAAAAGCAGCCUAUUCUACAAAGGUUAAAAAAAAAAGGGCAUUUGUUGCUUCACCCGCUUCUGCCUUUGGCAUGUGGCCCCCAGUAGGUUGCUCCACAGCAAUUGUGGCCCUUGGGCUGGGAAACAUUACCCAACCCCUGGUGCAAGUGAAAUCAGAGUCUACCCCUGCUUCGUUUUUUCUCAUUAUCCUCCGUUGUCUAAUUUGUUUCUGUCUCUAGGGCAUGGGUAGUCAAACUAAGGCCCAGGGGCUGGAUCUGGCCCAAUCGCCUACUAAAUCUGGCCUGUGGAUGGUCUGGGAAUCAGUGUGUUUUUAGAUGAGUAGAAUGUGUGCUUUUAUUUAAAAUGCAUCUCUGGGUUAUUUGUGGGGCAUAGGAAUUCGUUCAUUCUCCUCUCCCAAAAAUAUAUAUAUAGUCCGGCCCCCCACAAGGUCUGAGGGACAGUGGACUGGCCCCCUGCUGAAAAAGUUUGCUGACCCCUGCUCUAGGGGGUUAAGGCUAUCAGGAGAAGGGAGUCUGUCCAGAGUCAUUCUUUUGGAAAAAAAACAUGGAUGGAGAUGCAUUUAUUUUAUUGCAUUUAUAUCCCACCUUUUUCUACAAGGAGCUCAUGUACAUGGCUCUCCCCCUCCUCGCCACGCAACAACCCUUUUGGGUAGGUUAAGCUGGGAGAGACAGUAGCUUGAGCAAGGUCUCCCAAUUGAACUUUAUGGAGAAGUAGGGAUUUGAACUCUGGUCUGCCAGUUCCUAACACUCUAACCACUACACCACACCAGACUUAUUAUUAUUUAUAUAAAACCAUAGUCGUUUCCUAGCCCUGAAAGAGAUUUUUGGAACUCUUUGGUAACCUGGGUACCAAUUUUCACGCCCAGUUUUUGCCCACAGCAUCUGGGCAAAUGACUUGGUGGGUCGUUAAAUUUUAUUUUAAAGCAACCUCUGUUGAGCUUUCGCGGCCAAUGCAGCGCCGCCACCAAACCAGCCGCCUCCGGCAUUCGCUUCCAUGGCCUUGGGAGGGUGCAUUGUGGGAGAUUUUCCAGGAGAGAAAUUGUCUUGCGUGAGGACAUUGCCUCUGAGGCCGGUUGUGUCUGCUGCGAUUCAAGGCCAUCUCCCAAAGACAUAGGGGGCGGGGUGGGGGUGAUUUAUUGCUCCUUUGUCCCCACACAGAACAUGAUGCCCGCCUAGAAAAUCGCUGUAUGUCCCUGCUUUCCUGGAGGCUGAUAUAAAGCCUUGUUAAAAAUGAUUGCUCCAUUGCAAUGCGAGGCGGGUGGAAGGAGCAGGGAGAUGGCAUUGAUGCAACGGAAAAAUAGACAUCAACGUAUUAAAUCUGUUAAUGGCAGCAGUGCAGGGGGGUUGAAUAACGCGUGCGGUUGCGUUUUAUGGCUGCGGCGAGGCUUCCUUGCGUCUUUGUCCCGUAACUGGCACAUGUAGCUGGUGUUUUGUACGGAAAUAUGAUGGUUUGAAAAGAUUUAGGACCGAGCAGCCGUUGUUAUUAUUUUAAAUGAGAAAGGAUAUCCUGCGUCUGAACAAGAAUGGGGAAAAGCGCAAUGGAAAUAUGGUUCAAGAAGGUAGAUGCAUUGCUGGGCUUUGGACUAAAUGACCCUUCUAACUCUACAAUUCUGUGAUUAUCUGCAUUAGGAAGGAAGACUUAAAUGAGCAUUUGGCCUUCCCAAUUCCCACCCAGUUCCUUGUUCCCUUGUAGGCAGUUAACUGGGCUGUGUCGUUUUUGCACCAUCCUCCGAGAAGGUGCUGUCCUCCCAAUUUAUCUUCACAACAAGGCAGGCUCGGCUGUGGAAGAACGACUGUGCCGAGCGAAUGGGAAUUUGAACCCAAGCCUGCGCUGUUCCUAUUAGGGCAGAGGGUGGGGAACAUUUUCAACCCAAGGGCCGCAUUCUCUCCUAGGUGAUCUUCCGAGGGCCACAUGCCAGUGGGCAGGACCCGAAGCAAAAGUGGGUGGAGCAACAAUUGAUAAUUUUUACUGGCCACACCCCCUCCAUUCAGGCCAAGCUAGGAGCAUUACCAGAGUUCAGAUGCUUCUUUUGGCCGCAAAUCAGGGUUCAUGACUGGUGUGGCCUGGCAGAGAGUCCCUGGACUAGAUGUGCCAUUGGCCUAAUCCAACGGACUCUUCCUAAACUCUUCUGCAUGGGGAGAAAAAGGGAAGAUCUUGGUGACGGGAGCCUUGCUGGGAUAGUUUUGUCUUCUAUUUUUGGCCCCAAAUGUUUCGUGUUGAAGACUGACUGAAUGCAGGUCUCUCCCUGAGGCUCUCUCCUCUCUCUCUCUCUCUCUCUCUCUCUCUCUCUCUCUCUCUCUUUGCCCUUCGAUGGAGCUCAUCCCUCCGGCUGGGAUUUCCAUACAUGGAAGCACCAGGGCUGCAGCCAGAGGGAGCGGCCGUGGAUGCCAGUCCAUCUGGGCCUCGGUUUCCCCCGCAGCUGACGCAGCGCUCAGGCAGAUGGCUUUGGUUUCUCUGCAAUAAUCCUGCACGAAAAGGCAAAUAAGACGGGAUCCCACUGCUCAGGGAGGGAGUGGGAGAGCGAGGGUAUCGUUUUACGGGCCAUUCAGGCAAGCCAGGAGGUUUUUAACCUGUUCUUGCUGAGCUUUGGAAAAUAACCUCAUUUUUAAAAUAUAUAAAUAAGAAUAAGGCACUAGUUUUUCUUGAGGUUUGCAACCACCGCUUCUGAGAGAAGUCACAUUCCCAUGUUGUGGGUUCACUCUGUCACACUCUAUAUCCCUGUUUGCUGCUUCUAGGAACUGUACUUUGCUAGGGGUGCUGGGAGUUGUUAAGGGACCCCAUUCCUCUUGCAGAACUACAGUUCCCAUAGUGGUUUAACAAUCAAUUCCCAUUGCCAGGGUAUUCUGAGAAUUGUAGCUCCCUGAGAGAAAUGAGGGUUCCCUAACAACUCUCAGCACCUUUAACAAACUACAGUUCCCAAGCUUCUUCAAAGUGGUAUAAUAGUGCUUUUAUUGCAACAUGCGAACAUGGCCUCAGGUAAUGGUGGGACACAGGAGAUCUUCCCACAAAGAUUUCAUGUGAAGGCAGUAUUGUGUGGGAGCAAUUGUCUUUGAGAUCCCGUCUUUGGGGAUUUAAAAGGAUCAGGCCCAGAAAUGGAUAGGAAGUCUGUAUAGUGCGCAAAUUGUAUGCUCCAGGUAAGCUGCCCCGAACAAUGCUAUAGCAGCAGUGUUUAGGCCCACUUAUGCUUUUGAAACAGUCUUCAAGGGCAGCCCCAAAGAGACAGUAGUCUAGCAGAGAUGUUUCCCAAUCACAUGCAACAGUUGCAUCCCUCUGCGGGGAAGACAAUAGCUUUGAGGCAGAGCACCUGAAGGUCCUGGGUUCAGCCCCCAGCAUCUCCAGAUAGGGCUUGGAAAUGCUCCUAUCAGAAACUCCGGAAAGCCACUGCCAAUCAGUGUAGACAGUAUUGAGCUAAAUAGUCCCAGUGGUCUGAUUCCAGAAUAAGGCUGUUUUCUCUCUGCUGUCUGGAAGGUCACCUGAAACCCACCACGCCUAAGGAGACACCUCUGAUCCUUCUCACAGAUUCCUCUCUGAUCAACAGGAAAGCAAACCCUUCCUAUUGUCCCUGUGAAAUAUUAACAGCAAGAACUGGAGAAAUAUGGAUUAUCCGGAACAAAUUCCUUUAUCGAGGCUUAGAGCCUAUUAAAGGCAUCAGCACCCCGUCGGAAUGGGCUUGGCCUGAGUUUCCUCCGAGAGCAUCCCGGCCAAAGCAAACAUCUGGUGCCAAAAUGAUGGCAAGAUCUUAUUACACUUGCUUUAACAAGAGGGGGCCCUUUUUGUGAGAUAAAGACUCUGCAUCCCCUUUCAACUUUAGGUUUCUCCUCCAUACAAACUUUGCCUGCUUUCAUUUAGCAAACGGGAGUUGCCUUCGUCGCAGGGGACUUCGGGCUGACCCAGCGGACCAUCUCUUAACAUCCUUAACCGAGAAGGCACCAAUUCAGGAUAGCUUAGUACAGUUUUCGUUGUGCCUGGACACUGUUCUGUAGUGCUUAGAGCAGGGAGGGGAACCCUGCGCACAGCCAGUGGUGAGGGAUGAUGGGAGUUGUAGUCCAGCAAUGUAGUCGGAGGGCCAUAGGUUCUCCACCUCUAGUUAUCGGGCAGGAUUCAGGGAGACCCGAGUUCAAAUCCCCACUGGAGCCACGAAGAAGCUCACUGGGUGGUCUUAACGUCAUUCACUUUGCUCUCAGCCUGCCCUGCUCUGCUGGGUCAAUGUGAAGUUAAAAUGGAGGGGGACCAUGCGUACCACUCGCUCUUAGCUUCUGGGGAGAAGAAGGGCGAUGGAAAAGGAAGAAAGGAACAGUUAGGAGAUUUUGAGUUUACGCUUCUGACAUGUAAAUUAAGACAAGAAAAUGAAGAGAUGUAGAGAUGUUGUUAAGAGAUUAUUUAUAAGCUAGUGUUGUUGUUGUUACUUAUUCCUGGUAAAAAAUGAGGUGCCCAGCACUCAUAACUGUUUUGGGGUGUCAGCACAAAAUGGCUGCCAUGGUCAGCAAAAAAAGAAAAAGAAAAAGUGGCAAGGAGCUGUGAGUCCCAUUACAAAAAUGAAGCAAAACAAGUUAUUAGUGUACUUAAAUAAAACUGGAGCAUGCUCUACAUUUUGAGAAGUUGUUUCUCUGCCUGUUCUCUGUGCAUUUGGACACCUUUUGAAAUACCGUAAUUGAAUUUUGUACGAUGGUUCCUGAAGCCAAGGAGCACGUUUUCAUCUGUGUUUGGAUACGAUAGGACACCAUUUUGAAUUUAAAAAAUGGCGGCCUGAAAGUAUUCAAAAGCCUCUAAAAACAUUUAAAACGUCAAAAUAAUUUCUUGUUAGAAAUGUGCUGCUGUCACAAGAAAACCUGCCUUGUUCUGCUCAGAGGUAAGUCCUAGUGAGCUCAAUGAGAGCUACUCACAGGGUCAGCAUGUAUCAGAUUGCAGCCUAACUAUUUUUUCAGGAAACCAUCGAAGGAGUAGGGCUCAUCUUUCGUUUAUUAUUUCGCUUAAUUGAAUUUUAAGCCCCUGCGUUUUUCAACCUGGUGUCUUCACCCUAGGCCCUGUGAGAUUUUUCUUCUUUUUUUUUUAAGGGAGCGAGGGAGAGAAAUUUAUUUAUUUAUGCCCUGACAGGCUGUGUCAGGGAGGAAAUUGAGUGAAGCUUCGUUGUGAGGAGAAAAUUCUUGACAUGGCCAUAUUUUUUUUGGAUGGCGUUCAUAUUUCAGCCGGACAAAGGCGACGGCGUUUCCUGAAGAGGCAGUUAAAAUAUCUGUGGUUGUAUCUGUCGUCGUGGUGGGGUGUGUGCGUGUAUAUAAAAGCCAGAAAACAUGGAUUUUGGUGAGGGAACGGAUUGGUUUUGUGGCGACUGAGCGUGUGCUUAAGGGCUGCUUUGGGCUCUUUUCCUUGACAAAUUAAGGGCAGAAUCUGGUUGAGGUGAAGCAGGGUUGCUCCUCAAAAUGGCACCCCUGUGCCGAGUUUUCCUCAGAGAGAGAAAAAGGGGUUGAUGGAGAGAAAAAGGUGUGGGGAGAAAGGGUAACGGAGAGAGAAACAGGUGACUUCUCUCUAAGGGGUGACAUUAAAAAGUGGUUGAUGGAAAGAGGUGUGAGAGAAAAAGGUUGGGAGUGGGGAGAAGGGGUGAUGGUGAAAGGGAAAAUAGAGAAGGGGUGAGAGAGAAAAAGGGUUGAUGGAGAGAGGAGGACAGAGAAAAGGGAUAGCAAAGGAGAGAGAGAGAAGGGGUGACAGAAAAGAGUGAAUAGAAGGAAAAAGGAGCGAUGGAAGGCGAUGGUUGAGAGAGAAAAGGGGGUGACGGAAAGAAGGGGUGAUGGGGAGAGAGGGAGAAAAGGAGGUGAUAAACAGGAGGGAGGGAGGAAAAGUAGAACUGGUGGAAUAAUAGAAAGGUGUGUCCCUGCCCUUUGAUAUUGCACUACUGCCUUUGGCCCUCCUCACUACCGGCAUGUGGCCCUCAACAGAACAAUAAUGGCGGAGGGGGUUGUCCACCUCUGGUACAAGAGGUCCCAUUACGUGGCAAGUUUCCUUCCCGCCCGUCCCCUUGGGAACAAGGCGCAGGAUGAGCCAUUGUGUUGCCUCCGUGUUACUCCGGUGGUCCGGGUGGCUGAGGGGAGGGCGAAGAGAGGCUGUUUCCUGAGGGGUUUCUUUCAUGUCAGACUCGGAGCUGCUGCUUUUUACGAGCCAGCCGGAAACAUGCGAAGUGGUUUUAUGGCGCUUCAGAUCCUCCGGGGAGUAGGGAGGGAAUGGCUCUCUGGGCGCACCUUAGCCCUCCGGCAGAAAGAAAAAACACAUCCGUUAGCAUCUCUGCGACUGAGGAAAUUCCUUCUCUGAUCCUUAAAUUUGGCAGGGGAGAGAGAAAGGGUGACGCUUUCCUAAGCCAGCGAACCCGUUUUCAAGUCAGGUUUGCUGACAGGUGAAGGCAAUGUGGGCCAAACCCGGUUCAAAUCCCCUCUUGGCCACUUAUUGAUGGCAUCCGUAUCCCGCCAUUUUCUCCAGGGAGCUCAAGGUGACGCAUACGUAGUUAUCCCCCUCCUCGUUGAAUCCGCACAACAACCCUGUGAAGUUGGCUGGGCCGGAAGAGGACAUGACUGGCCCCAAUGUCACAGCCAGUGAGCUUCAUGGCUGAGAGGGGAUUUGAACCCUGGUACUCUAACCACUACACCACACUGUGCUGGCCAUGAUGCUGGCUGGCUGUGUGACUCUCGGCCAUCUUUCAGCCUAGCCUGCCUUGCAGGGUUGUUGAGAGGACAAAAUACAGGCUAACCCAUGCACCGUGACAAGCUUUCCUUGGGGUGGAAAUGUAGAGCAUAAAACAUACAUGAAAAUGGUUCAUAAAAAGGACGGGUUGCAGGCUGAUUAUUGGGGUAGAAAACACAGGUUGGGAACAAAAUGGUAUUCAUUAAUUUUCCAGUUUCCCUUCCUGGUUAGCAGCAACAUAAUUGAUUCCAUAGUGUGAAAGAGUGAGAAUUAUCCACCUCCAAAGGGCCCCAACUAGUUAUUAUUAUUAUUAUUAUUAUUAAUUACUUAUAGUCCGCCCUACCGACUGGGUUGCCCCAGCCACUCUGGGCGGCUUCCAACAUAAUAUAAAAACACAGUGAAACAUUAAACAUAAAAAACCUUCCCAGUUCAGGGCUGCAUUCAGACGUCUUUUAAAAGUCAAAUAGAUGUUUAUUUCCUUGAUAUCUGAUAGGAGGGCGUUCCCCAAUACAGUACGGGCGCCACUACCGAGAAGGUCCUAUGCCCUGUUCGCUGUAACUUCAUAUCCCGCAGUGAGGGAACUGCCAGAAGGUCCUCAGAGCUGGACCUCAAUGUCCAGACUGGGUGGAGACGCUCCUUCAGGUAUACAGGGCCGAAACCGUUUAGGGCUUUUAAAGGUCAGCACCAACACUUUGAACUGUGCUUAGAAAUGUAAAGAGAGCCAGUGUAGAUAUUUUAGGACCUACAGCAGCAACUCAUGCAGAGACACAAGGGGCAAACUCUGCUGCUGCUCCUGUCCAUUGAGAGUGGUUACAUGAUCCAACGGCACUUGAUGCAGAAGAUAAAGAUCCGCUGCCUGCCUUGCUCCCAGCAGACACUGACUAAAAGAAGGUAAGCCCAGAAUAGUAGAUCAUACAGAAACACAGUGGGCAACCUCCACCUGGAUAGAUUAUUUGGGCUUUUUUUAAAAAAAACCACAACCUCAGGUUUGGUUCUUGUUCAUGCACGUCUUGUGUGUGGGGGGGGUGCAAGUUCUGUUGCAACCCUGAAACACAUUUUUGGGGUGAAUGACUUAAAGGGGAGAGCACAUCUGCAGGCAAAGCUGUAGCCCAUCUUUGUGGUGGGGUGGAUCUCUGGCAUUUUUUUUGCAAAAGGACCUCUUUUUUCCCUUUUCCUUUUUUCGAACAGACGUCUUGCUCUGUUGCUGGCUUGCUGGGAGCCUCUGCCAAGAAUGCAAAUAAUUAGAGCAAAUUAAACCCAAACUUCUUUUUUCUGCCUGAGCAUGUCCUAACUUAACAUCUGCUGAAUGUACAAGAAAUCCUGUAAGCCUGGACAGGAGCAGAGAUGGUUGAGGGAGGUGGGGGGUGAAAAGUAGGAUGGGCUGGUGGCAAACAUCAAAAGGCCUGCAUACAUCUCAGGAACUUGCUCUGAGACUCGGUGCCUGAGAUGGUAGAAUCCUGAGGUGUGAGAGUAGGACUGUAUCACUUCACACCACGAGUGUGUGAUGUGCGUUAUUGUUGAACUGCCCUCUGCUUUAAUGGAACAUCCUGCAAAUUAAAAAUGAACUAUACCCCUUGAAAAAAGAGUACAGUACUUUCUGCAUUAUUUUAAGCAACAGAAAGCCGGUGUGGUGUAGUGUUAGAGUGUUGAACUAGAGUCUAUGAGCCCUGAGUUUCAUAUCUCCAUUUGGCCAAGAUGCUGAGUUGGGGUGACCUUUAGCCAGUCACUUUCUCUCAUCCUCUCCUACCUUGCAGGGUUUUUGUGAGGAUUGAAUGGGAGAGGGGGAAACCCUGACAGCUGUGUCAUGGAAAAGCAGUGUACAAAUGCCUAAAUACGUAUUUUUCGCUCUAUAAGACGCACCAGACCACAAGACGCACCUAGUUUUUGGAGGAGGAGAACAAGAAAAAAAAUAUUCUGAAUCUCAGAAGCCAGAACAGCAAGAGGGAUCGCUGCGCAGUGAAAGCAGCAAUCCCUCUUGCUGUUCUGGCUUCUGGGAUAACUGCGCAGCCUGCAUUCGCUCCAUAAGACGCACGCGCAUUUCCCCUUACUUUUUAGGAGGGAAAAAGUGAGUCUUAUAGAGCAAAAAAUACGGUAAGUGAUAUAGAGCAUUACUGGAUCAGUAAAGGCAAAAUGAGAGGUCUUGAUGGGGGAAUGGUGACCUUUUGAAAUAUUGCUUUCCCCCCCCUCACAGAGCUGGUUUCACCCUUCUUUGGCCUUAGCUGUGUCCUCUGUAAUGUAUACUAGUCAUGAGGGGUAAAUGGAACCUCCAGCUGAAGAUGGCUAUUGCCUUCAUGUCCUACAGUGAUCCAGGAUGUUGAAAACUCUUGAUACUAUUCUGCAGCAGGGUCCCCAUCUUCAGCAUCUUAGAGCCUAGACAGCAUGGAAUGGGAGCUUAUUAGCCACUAAGAAGUCUAUGUCUCCUUUUCCUUUGUAACUGAUUGGAGCCAAACAGAGUGAAAGGAGGUGAGCCAGUCAUUGAGGACGGGCUCCUAGGGUCACUCUGGAGAUGGUGCAUGGGAAGAACACUGAGAAGGAGUUGUUCUGUAUGCUGCAAACCUAAGCAUUUACGAACACUGAAAACACAAGGGGUUUUCAAGGGAAUGGAGAGUGCAAGUUCUGUUCCCUACAAGGGAAUUUCAUGGAAAACACAACUUGAGUCCCACUGAAAGAAGGUAUUUGAUCACUUCAAAUCAUUUGCCCAUGUGCCUGCACAGAAAACAGUAGAUCUAGCUGAAAGGCAGCAAACACAUGGAGAUCUGCACCAAGCAUUGCAAUGCACCCCUAAUUAUUAUAGUUAUUAGAGAGUUUUAUAAACUUAGAAGGGGCAUGGCUGUGACUAUCGUGAACGGACCCUGCACUGCUGAAUUUGCCACUACACUACUGAUGUCCUGAUUGUGAGCUUCCCAGGACUGGGGGAUCUGCCUGUCCAGUCUGGGAAUAGAAAGCUGAAUUUUUAUCUGAUUCAGCCAGGCUCUCUGUAAUGUCCUUUUUUAUUGCCUCAUUCUCCCUGGCCACUGCUGAGUUGGAGUUCCUCCCAGUUCCGGUAAGUGGGAGAUUUUUUUCUUCUUCCUUUUUAGAACAGAGGCUGACGGCUUUGUUUUGAAAAGCGCUAGCAGGGUUUUCUGUGGGCUUUGGACUCAUGUCAGCUCGUUUCCUUCUCGGCCCGCCAACCCAGGGAUCUCCAUAGCCAACAACUACUGUAUCACGGUGCGUUGUUCCUCCUUGGCUAAUGGGGUUGGUUUUUUAAAUCCAGUGCCUUCCUCUUCUGCAACUUCGCCCCUUUUUUUUUGCAGUCUCAGCUCUUUGCAUUUUCAUGCUACUGGCAUCCGUUGGCUCAAAUCCAGUUCCUUUUGGCCCAAAGGCGACAGCGCUUCUUACUCAUUUCAUUGUUCGGGACCAAGAAAGGGUGGAACUUUCCCACCUUUUUCAGGCCCUGCUGAUAUAUUUUGAUUGGCUAGAUUCCAGCAAGGAAUCCUGAUUGGCUGGUUUCUAGCUUGGCUCCCUGAUUGGCUGGUUCCUAGUUUGGAUCCCUGAUUGGCUAGGAGGCUUAUAUAAGUGUUCUUAACUCUUGGGAAACUUCUAGUCUUGAACAGUUCUACAGGUGACGAUUGCCUCUUUCUUAAAUUCAGUGUGAGAUUGGAUCUCAACGUCUUAUUGAUGAUGAAGCACUUGUAAUGUACUUUUGUCUUUCCCUUUCCCAGUUUGCAACACCCUUGUGAAGUAGGCUGCAUUGUUCUCCAUUUUACAGGUUGAAAAUGGAGAAGGAAGGAUACCCAGUGCAUUAAAUGGUACAGUCCUUCCUUGGAAUUGUACCACUUCAGAAUUUAAGUAGGGGAUGCAGAUUCCUGUUGUGUUAUUCGCCUGGUGCCCUUGGGUACAUUUCAUUUUAUUUUAUUGUUGGGAACACUCAGCUAGGCUCAAGGUCAAGCAAGCAAGCAAACAAACAAAACAAAACCAACAAACAAAAACAGCUGUUCUAGUUUAAAUAGUGAAGAGAGAGGAAAAUUACAAAUUCUUUGCCAUUCUGGUCACAUUUCUGUGACCCAGGAGGACCAGAAGUUACCUAGAAGCACUUGGAUUUCCUGAUAAAAUUAUGUUCUGGGAAUAAUUAAUGUCUUAAUGAUCCCCAAAUAGCUGUGGUCAGGAUAGCAAAAACAUAAACAAAACAACUGUGGUUCUUUCCCCCACAGAACAGAAGAGACUCCCUUAUGCAAAGUCAGACCAUUGUUCUGUCUAGCUCAGGGUUGUCUGCACUGACUGGCAACAGCUCUCCAGGUUUUCAGAUGGGGGACAUUCCCAGCCCUAUGUGGAGAUAUGAGGGUUUGACCUGGGACCUUCCCCAUGCUGUAUCCCUGAGCAACAGCUGUUCCCCUGGAAAUGAACCAGGGUUCUGGUCCUCAUGGUUCUUUAUUAAAGACUGGUUGAUUAGGAAUAUAGGAAGUUGCCUUAUAGUCAGAUCUGUGACCUUCUGUACACAAGGCAAAUGCUGUUCCACUGAGCUAUGUCCCUUUCCCUCAAUAUUCCAGUUACAGAGCCAAAUCAAACUCUAAAAUCGUGUGUGUGUGUGUGUGUGUGUGUGUGUGUGUGUGUGUGUUCUCCCCAAUAAACUUUGAUGCUCUGAGUGUAGCCUGUGGGUGUUACCGGUCAGUUCCUGCCGCAGGGCUGCAGUUUUCCCCCACUCUUCUUCCCUGUGGUAGGCCUGUCUCUUUUUGCUAGCAGGUGAGUUUGGAGCCAGCUGUGGAUCCUGCCUUUUCAGAGGCCCUUUUGAGCUUGAAAGGAGGGAAUGGGGAUAAAGAGAAACGGCGCACAGCAGGGAUGAAUGAACUUGCCCUACUUUGAACAAAAGCCUCCCUCGCUUACUCCCACUGUCGGAUUUGAGGGAAAAGAUGUUCCGUAGCGCACAAAACGCCUCCUUUGCUACGCAGUGAAUUCUGAUGCAGGAAGAUGGUGGCCGGGAACUGCUUUGGCAAGAUCAAAGCUCUGAGGGUCCAGUUCUUUUUUAUAUAUAAAAACAUUGCAUUCAUAACUCCACUGUGUCCUCCAGGGUGGUGGCUGUGGUUCUCUUCCUCCCCAUUUUAUUCUCACAACAACCCUGUGAGAAGCUGAGGCUGUGGGAAGGUGAGGGGUCCAAGGUCACCCAUCAAGUUGUGUGGCCAAGUGGGCAUUUGAACUUUGGUCUCCUGGGUCUCCCAGGUCAGGGGACUCCCGUAGAUUGCACUGUUCCUCCAAGACACUUUUCAUGCAUUUCUAAACCAGAGUUCUGGUAAAUUUCCUUCUUGUCUAGAGAAGGAUUUGUGAGGAAACGUCACCCUGUCCUGAUAAAAGCCAAGGGUGGGUGGGGAUUAGACCAGAAUCCCCUUCCGAUGACAGACUGCCUUUGAAAAAUCCACCAUAAUAUAAUAUCUCUCUUUCAAUUAACUUGAAUGAAGCUUCCUCAUCUUGAUUCCCUUUGGAGAGGCUCUAGAGUGAAGUUGUUUCCCAGAUUUUUCCUCUGCAGAGUCAGGUGGGUGCUAGCACCGCAAAGUGGGGUGUUCACCUGGGGGCCCAAAAUGAGUUUGAUCAGAAUCCCAACUCGCCAUCACCUGUUUGCUUCCAUGAGAAGGGGGAACGGAAGAUUUUUCCGGUUUGGAGAGAAGGAAAUUUUGCUUUCAAGUGGGUGAGUACAUCAGAAUCACUGAGCUGAUAGAUAGAUAGAUAGAUAGAUAGAUAGAUAGAUAGAUAGAUGAUAGAUAGAUAUAUUUUAAAAACCACCUUUUAAUAAGCCUCCUUAGACAGGAGGUGCUAACUGCUGCUAUUCUUUUAGACCCAGAGCUGUUUUGACAAAUCCAGAUCUAGGAUCCUGGGGGCCUCUGGAGUCAAGGGAACGGGCUGGGAUCCAGCACGCCAGACGGUGUCUGGAUGCAUUCAAUAGACCUUCUGGCUCCAACUGUUGCCUGCCUGCUUUUCUGCUAUAGGCCGGGAUUGUCAGAGCUUGCAAGAGCCUCUUUGAAUCCGGAAUGUACUGACUUUAAUUAUCUUUGGGGGGAGGGGAACGGGGAGAGAGAGAGAGAGAGAGAGAGAGAGAAUUGUAGCUUCUCCCCAGUUCCUCCAGACCUGGGUAUUGCAUAUCUGAAAAUUUAAGGGGUUAGCUGUCAGUUCACCCUUGGAUCUUGGGGAGUUUUGCUUCCAUGCACUCAAUCAGACCUAGGAGGCUGGCUAUAUUUUAUAAAGUGGCUUUUGGUUGCCUGUGACAAGUACCAAUUGCCUCCCAAGUAACCAGGCUAGGAAUAUGUUUGUAAUAUCUGAAUGUGGGGACUUCCUCGCUGGAUCAGGAAAAGAAAGUCAAUCUGAAUGUUCUGGAACCUUCUUCAAUCUGAGGACCACAUUUCUAUCUGGGAAACCUUCCAAGGGCCACGUGCCAGUGGUGGGCGAGGCCAGAGGGGAAAGUGAGUGGAGCAAUGAAGGUAAAUGUCUACCUUUGUGCCUUGGGCUACUUUCUAUACACGUGCCUUCUAGGUCUGCUCCGUGGCAUUUGUUUUCUUGUGUAGUUAACGUCCUGGAUCAGCACCUCCACACAUCAGCAUUGGUGACCACACACUUGAUUUGAUAGAUGAUUUUGUCUACUCGGGCUCCACCAUAACCAGCAACUUCUCUAUCAGUGGUGAGCUGGACAAGCGUAUUGGCAAGGCAGCUACGGCAGUAGGUCACUUCUCCAAAAGGGUAUGGGAGAAUCUGAUGCUGACGACCAAUAGCAAGAUGAAGCUCUACUAGGCUUGUGUUUUGAGCAUGCUGCUUUAUGGAGGCGAGUUGUGGGCAACUUACACCCACCAGGAGCGAUGCCUCAAGCCCUUCCAUGUGCGCUGCGUCAGGAAGAUUUUGAGCACCACAGGGCAGGACAGAGACUCAAACAAAGAUGAGCUCUCCCAAGCCCAGAUUCCCAACAUGUUUGCAGUCCUGUCUCAGCAAUGUCUACACUGGCUUGGUCAUGUUCACAGAAUAGAAGAUGGCAGGUACUUCAGGCACCAGGCCCGUUGGCAGACCAACUCUGUGCUGCAGAAAUGUCUGCAAAUGUGACACGAAGGCUGGCAACAUCAACCCUACCCUGUAGGAUUCCUUGCAGACGACCACAGUGCCUGGAGAUAGGCAGCCAGGUCAUGUAUCUGUAGCAGUGACCGGAGGAGAAAUGACUGCUGGGAGGAGUGCAGAGAGAAGAAACGCCAUGGUGCAUCUGCAGCAGCACAACUGGACACCUUCCUCUGCCCCAACUGCAAGAAAACAUGUCUCUCCUAUAUCAGUCUCUACAGCCACUGUGGAUGCUGCAACCUGCCAACACUUCGACUUCCACUUUUUAUACGACUUGUGAAAAAUGGUGUGGAACUCUUGUUUUUCAGAUUAAUAGGGAGGGGGGAAGAGAAGUAUUUCUCCUGUAACACUUUCCAACUCGGGAGUCAAUCCAGAGAAACUCAAGGCCGGGGCGUUCAGGACACACAACCCAACACUUGUGGAACUCAUGGCUGCAACAUGUGGGGAACAUUGCCAGGUUUAGAUGGCUUUCAGAGGGGAUAUGGCAAAGAUGGAGGAGGAGAAGCCUCAUCAAUGGCUACUAGUCACAAUGGCUAUGUGAAACCUCCCAGUUUAGGAGCAGUCUAUCCCUGAAUUUACCCGUUGAAUCACAAAUGGGGAAAGGGCUGUUGUUGCGUUCAUGUCACUCUGUGAGAACAGGAUGUUGGACUUCAACAGCCUCUGGGUCUGAUCCAGCAAUGUUAUUCUUACAUUAUUGCCUCCCAGUUGUGGAGUCUGCAAAAGUUUUCAAGAUGCCUCUGCUGUUUCAUUUCUGCCUUUGAGGCCCUCAGUGUGCUGCUCUGUGAUGAUACUGACCUUGAGUGUAGGCCAGGCGCAUUUCUUAUGGACUAGAAUCAUUUCCCUACCUCCUCUGGAGGAUUUUGUGAAGGUUGGGAAAAAGUCUAGGAAGAUUCAGGGGAUUGGCUUGCAAUGCUGCAGCUUGGCUUGCUGAGUCUCCAAAAAGAAUCAUCCACGGUACUUUUAUUCUCCUUUUCCAGCCCUCCAUAAAUCUCCCCUUGUAUCCUACCCUGGAGUGGAUGCCGAAAGCCUCUGUUAAAUCAGACGCAAGCGGAAAGGCCCCAUUCAGCCACCUGGCCUGGCCUUCUCUCUCUCUGUGGUCUGGCUUUGGGCUUCCUAGGCAUCCUUCCAAGUUGUAAGGCCAAGGUCCCCAGGGAGGGCAUCUGUCAGCCGCCUGCCCUCCCCGUCUGGGCCUUCCAACUCUGCGGCAGGUGGCAUUAAACCCUCGCAAAGAGUCCCACUGCAAACGGCUCAUGGGGUCCAGUGAGACUCCCCUCUUUGCUUCCCAGGGACGCUGCCCUCUGCCCACGAACCCCGCUAUUGUGUCUUUCCCUCCCGAAAAGCGGCCCUGGUUGGCAACGAGCAGCCGCCACCACCUCCCUGUCCUAAGACGCCACAUUCCUGCUUAAUUGGCUAAUGCUUUUCUGUUUACCUUUGGUUUGUUAUGACAAAUCGGACAGAUUUUUCCUGGCGCUCGCUGAAGUGGUAUCCAAACAAAUCAAAAGAAAACGGUGCGUGGAGCCAAGUUUACUGUGAUCCAUGGAGGGGGGGUGUUUGUGCACGCGUUUGGAGGAGAGGGGGGGUUUACGUCUGUUUCAUAUUUUCUUCUUGUUGUUGUUUACACACCACCCUGGGUGUUUGUGAUUCAUGUUUUGGCUACGAUCUCCGAAGCCAUUUCCUGGGGAAAGGCCCCUUGGCUUACUUUCUCUCUGGGCUUUCCACCCCACGUGGGCAGCUUACAUGCUCGGCUAUGCACUUUUUAUUUGCUUACUACGUUCCCUCCAAGGAGCUCAAGGUGGCAUACAUGGUUCUCCCUGUCCUCGCUUAAUCCCCAGAACGACCCUCUGAGGCAGGUUAGGCUGAGAGAGACAGUGACUGGCCCCCAAGGGCAUACCCAGGGAGCUUCGUGGCCGAGUGGGGGAUUUGAACCCUGCUCUCUGAGGUCCUAGUCCAACACUCUAACUACUACACCAUACUUGUAACCAGCCCAGAAUUUGCUGUCAUCCUCCUCCUCCUUAAUCUGAUUUCCCCCCUCAAUAGAACCGUGACCCAGUGUGGUGUAGUGGUUAGAGUGAUAGACUCGUAAUCUGGGGAACCGGGUUCACGUCUCCGCUCCUCCACCUGCAGCUGCUGGGUGACCUUGGGCUAGUCACGCUUCUCUGAAGUCUCUCAGCCCCACUCACCUCACAGAGUGUUUGUUGUGGGGGAGGAAGGGAAAGGAGAAUGUUAGCCAAUUUGAGACUCCUUCGGGUAGUGAUAAAGCGGGAUAGCAAAUCCAAACUCCAAACUCAGCAGGAAGCAGUAUGGGGGCAAAACCAGACUUCAGUUGGCUCUGCCUCUCAUUGUCUUUGGCUCUGCCUACUGUUGGGCUUGAGCAGAUAUAAAAGAAGGGUUGCCAUACGUCCGGAAGUUCCCAAACAUAGCCAGGAUUCGGCCAUCGGAAAGUGGAAAGAUUUCACUUGCAAAAAAAGUUCAGCAACUGUGUUGUAUCCAGAUUUUCACUUUUUGAAAUAUGGCAACCCUAAUACAACUGCUAGCACAUUUGCCAAGCUAAGCAAGGUUUGGUAUGGUUUCAAACUGAGAUUCCUGGGAGCUGUAGUUUGUAAAGGGUGCAGAGAGUGGUUAGGAGACUUCUGUUUACCUCCCAGAGCUACAGUUCCCAGCGUUUCCUGUGACAUGGGAUUGAUCUUUAAAUCGUUCUGGGAAUUGUGUCUCUACGAGGGGAGUUGGGGUAUCUCCUCGCAACUCCCAGCACCCUUAGCAAACUGCAGCUCCCAGAAUCCUUUGGGGGAGCCAUGGCUGUUUAAAGUGGCAUCAUUUAAAACAUGUGGUGUGAAUGUUGCCCAAGACGCCAAUCCUAGACCCUCUUGCCUGGCAUGUUUAAAGGGAAUGCUAGCUUGUUAAAGAGGCUGAGAGUUGUCAGGAGACCUGCACCCACCGUGUGAAUGUCGUAAGUGUCCCCUCACCCUUUUUCUUUUCCGGAGUUGUUUUCUUUCCUUGUUGAAGCUGGCUGGCUCUUACUAAGCUCCCCAUCCUGUUUGCCCUAUCCGGGUUUUGUCAGCAUGCAAGAUCUCUGGCCGUCUCCUCGGAGGUCUCUCUGGACACCUUGACGAGACCAAAUCCGCUUUCUCCCGCCUGGCCAGUGAUGGUUGCUGCAAAGAGAAUUAACAGAAGAAAAGAUCUGUUACCAUUAUGGUUAAGCUCUUACCCCCCCCCCCAGCACAAAAAAGCCUCUUGUGAAGCUUGAAAACAGCUGAGCUUUCCUUCCAAAGCAGCAAGGCACCUCUGUGCUUUCUCUCUUCCCCCCACCCCCCAAAAUGUUUCUUUAAAUGUUUAUUUCAAAGAAAAUUAGAAGCAGAAAAAUCUCUUGCAUCUGGGAUAGUUCUGGAAAUGGCUUUCUUAGUGUAUGUUUUUUUAAAAAGGGGGCUCAAGGGACAUGUUUGGGGAAGUAAUUGCCCCUCCCUGAUACCAUUUUAAAAACUUUUUUAAAAAAAAGUUUUAUGCAUCUACAAAAAAAAAAUACAACUUCAAUAUGGAUGCAAAGUCAACAACAGAUAUAUAAUACAAAGGUUUAAUGUAUUUAAACGAGGAAUGGGCAAGGAGGAGGGAGGAGGAAAAAUAAAUAGGAGCAGAUGGGUUUAGGACUACAGUGUUCCCAGUGAUAUCUGCAGUUUAGCAUUCUCUUGCAUUUUGUUAUACCCAUUUUGUGAACUACCAACGCGUCCAGCAUUCUGUUCUCACAGUGCCUCAUCUGGCCUGCAGGCGAGAUCCUUAAUUGCACCACUGCCCUAUGGUCAAACAUUUGAGGAGUGCCUGGCCGUCAAAGUUCAGAGGGACUCUCUGUCAUUGGCACUGAGAGUGACCGCCCCACCAUAAUAUAGAUGAUCCCAGCUGUUUGAGAGCCCAGCUUGUAAAGGAGUUAUGUCUUACCUGCAUCCCAUAUGAUGUCAGGUGUGAGGCAGGUGCGUGUGGUUUGGGGGAAACAGCUUAUUCAGGGCUGGAGGUACCUAAGGCUUUUACGCCAUGGUCUGUCUGAUUGCCCAAACUCUAUAUAAUAAAUAUAGAGCCACAUGCUAUAUAUUUAUUAAUUGCAUUUAUGUCCCACCUGUUGGUCCAAGGAACUCAUUUCAUCCCCACAACAAAACUUAUUGUCCCAAGGUCACCCAGUGAGCUUCAUAACCGAAUGAGGAUUUGAACUCUGGUCUUCCAGAGCCUAGCCCAGCACUCUAACCAGUGCACCACACUGGCUUUCUAUAACCACGAUCCGAAGCCAUGGUUUCUUUACUACAGUUCAAGCUCUUGUCGGCCCCAUUGCUUGUCAGGGCUGCUGGGAGUUGUAGUCCAAAAAAUCCAAUGCUUUCCGGGUUCUGGAAAGCUGAUAUCAGUCACCAGUCUCACACACACACACACACACACACACACACACACACCCUCUUUCCCCCUACGAGACUCAUACUGUCAGGAUUGCACCAGCUAUGAGCUGUGGUGUUUUCAGACCAUCGAGCGAGGCAAACUACAAGAGUGUUUAGCUGUUGAAGCGAUUAUUGUAGCUUAGCAACGGAAAGAGUUGAAGUGGGGAGGGAGACACACACCCUGUUCUCUUGAGUUUUUUAAGCAAUAUUGGAUGAGACCUUUUUUCCUUUUUAACGGGAACAGCUAAUUUUUUUUAAAAAGUGCAGGAAUCUCUCCAGCCUCCAGAAAAGACGGAGCGAGAGGGAUCUUGGCAUCCCUCUAGUAUGCUCAGGGAACAAUGAUGGAAUAAGCCACUGGAGUUUAGGUUCUGCUGGAGGAAUUCCUGUUGUGUUGUUCCCCCUCUCCCCCCCCCAAAAAAAAAAGUCUCUGGGGGGAUUAUAGUGAAAAUGGCUCACCUUUAGGAAUUUCAGCAUGUCUUGUUUGGAUCGUCCAUUUUUACAUAUCUUAGGGACCAAGCUAGGGUGGCUGCUAAAGCUAAAGUUAAAGGGACCCCUGACCAUUAGGUCCAGUCGUGGCCGACUCUGGGGUUGAGGCGCUCAUCUCGCUUUAUUGGCCAAGGGAGCCGGCGUACAGCUUCCAGGUCAUGUGGCCAGCAUGAUUAAGCCGCUUCUGGCAAACCAGAGCAGCGCAUGGAAACGCCAUUUAUCUGCCCGCCACAGCAGUACCUAUUUAUCUACUUGCACUUUGACGUGCUUUCAAACUGCUAGGUUGGCAGGAGCAGGGACCGAGCAACGGGAGCUCACCCCGUCGCGGGGAUUCGAACCGCCAACCUUCUGAUCGGCAAGUCCUAGGCUCUGUGGUUUAACCCACAGCGCCACCCGCGUCCCUAGGGUGGAUGCUAGAGACUGACAAUUUGAUUUACUCAUUCCACCUUCAAAGGCAGCCCCAUAUACAUUGCACAGCAGUAGUCUAGCCUGGAGAUUUCCAGUGCCAUGAGGAGUUGUGGUCUGGUGGCACUGGGUGGAGGGUUGGAUAGCAGUCUACCUUCCAGGGUUGCUGUAAGAACUGCUGGGAGAAUUCAGCCUGGAAGGCUGAGAGGAAAUAACCACUGCUCAUGUAUUCUCUGCCAUAUUAAUCAUGACUAGAAAGUUGGACCAUUUAUCGAAAGCGUUUAUAUGCCGCUGCUUAGCCAGAAAAGCUUACAGAGCUGCUUACAAAUCAGUCUAAAUAACACCAGCUUGCAUUCUAAAAGUACGUGACACAAAAGGAAAAAGGGAUAAGGUGGGGAGAGGAAAAAAGCAGGAAAGUUUAUCCUUUGCUUACCCCUGCAGUAGUCCAAAUGACACAUACGGUACUUCUUUCCAUCAAGGCAUUGAUACCCUUAACUUCCCCUGCCCCAUGGACCACUUGAAUUUUUUUUGUUCUGCCUGUUAAUAACAAUUAUCCUACCCUGUGCUAGAUGCUAUAUGUUUUGAGGGUUUUUUGAAAAAAUGUUGCUUUUAUUUCUCGUAUUUUAGUGUGUUACAGUUUGAAUUCCAUACAGUUCAGAUUGUAAGUGUUAUUCGCUGACACAAUGCUGAAUGAAGCUUGCGGGCGUUGAAUUGCAUUGUUUAGUUGCAGCAGAGCACUUGGUUUCAGAAAGACAGCAGCUGCAGCCUCCCUGCCUAGAAAGAACUUGGGUUUGAUGUGAUCUCAGUAUCAAUCCGUUUAGUGAAUGGAGCAAAUGUGGAGCUUAUUUCCCCCACCUGAUCUUCUUGGCUGCCUGGUUCCCCUUCCUUCUCCACCCUCCUCUGUCUCUUCUCUCUCCCUCUCUCUGGCAAAACUGACAUUUUUUUUCUCUUGACCCUCCUGAGAUCCAGCUGCACAGGCCCUCUCCAGCUCACUUAAGCAUCUGAGCUGCUGCCACAUCGCUUGACUUGCGACGGGAGGAGAAACCCGCUCGCCUGUCUCCCAGCCAAGGAAAGCUGAUGCAACCCCAGCCGCCCUUCCUCUGGGUCUCAAGGGCUGCAAAGCCCGGCCAAAUAAACAGAAGGCUUUAGCCGCCUUUAAGUGGACACUCCGUCCAGAGCCUUUGCAAACACAUUCCGAAGCUCCUCUAAAGACUGCGGAAACUCCAUAAAAAAACCCACCCUUUUGGCUCUGGAAAUGUUUUAAAGUGCAGGCCUGCUGUUGUCAGGGUGAGCACUUGGUUGAGUGAGGACUGCGUUUUCCAGAGUGUGUCCUUCCCCGCAACCCCACCUUGCUUCAGCUCCUGCAGCUGAAGUUUUACGAGGUUGAACUGACCACCUGGCAGGGCUGUUGUCUUUGCUCGUGAAUCAAUUCUGAAUGAAUCUGCACAUGGCUCAUACAGUCAUGUUGGUGGAAGGCCAACGAUUUCAAAUGGUGCGUUUUUAAGUAUCACCGCCAUCCAACAUGAUAGAAUCUUAUGCAUGGAAUGGGGAGAGUGGCCAGAGAACAGCUUGCACAUAGUUAAACAAUGGAACUUGCUGCCAGAGGAGGCAGCGAUGGCCACCAGCUUGGAUGGCUUUGAAAGAAGAUUGAACAAAUUCAUGGAGGAUAGGCUAUUGAUGGCUACUGGCUGCAAGAGCUAUGCUCCACUCCCAUUGCUGGAGGCAGUUAGUUCAUGCCUCUGAAUGCCAGUUGCUGCCAUUCAUGAGUGGGGAGACUUGUUGUUGUGCUCAGGUUCUGCUUGUGAGCUUUCCCAUUGGGGCAUCUGGUUGGCCACUGUGAGAAGACUAGGUGCACCAUUGGCCUGACCCAGCAGGUCUCUUCAUUUGUUCUUUUUACCUUAUUUUUAAAAAAAUUAAUUUAUCAUACCUGGCGCCACUUGGGACAUCUAAGAAACCCAAAAUAAUCCGUGUGGUUUUGAAUUCAUUUAUUAAAAUCAGCGCUGCUUUGAACAGUUCCGUGCACCAUCUCGAUUCAAAAUGGCCUCUGAUUGUAACCGGGAAAGCCAGUUAGGUCCCUGCCGCAAGGAGCUUACAGUCUGAGCUUUUGAACCAUGAGACUGCAACUGGGAGGAGGGAGAGUGGAAGGGGCAAGAAGAUUCUAAGUAUAACUUCACUCCUUGCUUUUGCAGUUCAUUACCACAUCUCUCUCUCUCUCUUUUUUCCCCCCUCCCUCCAGUUGAAACUCUGGAACAAGUUCCGAGUGUCCAACAUUCCCUCGCUGAUAUUUAUAGAUGCCACUACGGGAAAGGUUGUGUGCCGGAACGGCCUCUUGGUAAUUCGAGAUGACCCAGAAGGUAAGGCUGUGUGUUUAAUGCUCUUGCUUGUCACGCCAUUGCCUCUCGUGGGUCACGGUUGCCCUUUUCUGAGAGCAUGGCAGAGAUUGAGGCAAGCCGAUGCACUCAGGCGAACCUCACCGAAGACUUCUUGGAGGCAUAGGAAGCUCCAGCUCUUCUCCUAAGAACAAAGCAAGAUUCAAGUCCUCAUUGUUCGGAAUUACAGGCUGAUUUAAUUAGAAUCUCUAUAUAUUGCUUUAUAAGGAGUGGUUUAUCUAGCUCAGUUUUGUCUACACUGACUGGCAGCAGCUCUCCAGGGUUUGGGGCAGGGAGUCUUCCUCACCCCACGUGGAGAUGCCAUUGAGGAUUAAGUGUGGGCCAAUUGCCUUCUCCAUCUCCUGGGCCAUUGUGAGGGUUUAAGCAGUGCUUGGCAACUGAACCUAGCUGCCAUAUUUAUUUCCCACAAUGCACUUUCCUGCAAUGACACCAGUCUUGGGCCUGCAUGAUGGCAGACACCAUUUUGGAUUCUCUUUUGGGGGGGAUACAGGUCGAGACAGAUGGGGUGCUGCUGUGAUGUUGUUAGUCGUUUCUCUGCUUUAUGCUGUGCUCCUCCCGCUCCUGCUCCAGGUUUGGAGUUCCCUUGGGGGGCCCGGCCAUUCGGCGACGUGGUUGCUGGGCCUCUCCUCCGAAAUAAUGGCCAGAGCCAGGAGAGCAGCACCCUUGAGGGCUCCUACGUUGGCGUUUACUUCUCUGCACACUGGGUGAGCUAUGCUCUUAACUUUACCACUUUGGGGGUGUGGGUGGCGAAUGGAGCUCAAGGGUGCAUGUGAGCAUGUGCAGAGUGCCUUCCCCUUACAACUGAGUCAUCACAAGCAGAGCCAUGUAUUGACUAACAUAGUGAUGAAUUAUAAGUAAAGAAUAAUCAGUGAUUGUACAGUAAUACCUCAGGUUACAGACGCUUCAGGUUGCGUGUUUUCGGGUUGCGCACCGCGCCGAACCCGGAAGUACCAGAAUGGGUUACUUCCAGGUUUCGGUGCUCGCGCAUGCACAGAAGUGCUAAAUCGCUCUUUGCGCAUGUGCAGAAGCACCGAAUCGUGACCCACAUGUGCGCAGACGCGGCGCUGCGGGUUGCGAACGUGCCUCCCGCAUGGAUCACAUUUGCAACCUGAGCAUCCACUGUAAUGGGAAGAAUUCUAUUUUUAAUUAAUAGCGGGGAUUUUUGUAUGGUUUGUGACUCAGAAAGUUUUGUUAUGAUUCAGACUCCUUUUGUACAGCAGCUGUGACUGCCAGCAUCCCCCAACAAUGUAUAUGAAGUGCAUUUGGAGUGUGUUCAUACAAUCCUAGCAUUGUAGAGUUGGAAGGGACCAUAAGGGUCAUCUAGUCCAACCCCCUGCAGUUCAGGAAUCUUUUGCCCAACACUUGUUAAACCCUUUAUUUGCAUUGCACCGGCUUUACCUGUGCUGAAGGUUGUAGUCCACAGCGUUUCUUGUUUUGCAGCCUGCCUGCCUACACAUACCUACUUACCGUAUUUUUCGCUCUAUAAGACGCACCAGGCCACAAAACGCACCUAGUUUUUGGAGGAGGAGAACAAGAAAAAAAAUAUUCUGAAUCUCAGAAGCCAGAACAGCAAGAGGGAUCGCUGCACAGUGAAAGCAGCAAUCCCUCUUGCUGUUCUGGCUUCUGGGAUAGCUGCGCAGCCUGCAUUCACUCCAUAAGACGCACACACAUUUCCCCUUACUUUUUAGGAGGGAAAAAGUGAGUCUUAUAGAGCAAAAAAUACGGUAAGUCAUUUUUGGCACGUAGAGAGCCCGAAGGGGAGAAAAGCACUUGCUCCCAGUUGACCAAACCCUUUCCCUGUACGCAAUUCCAACUUGCCAUGAGACUGCCUGUGUAAUAGUAAUGUAUUCCUUUCACAUGCUAUUUCUUUUGCAGUGCCCACCCUGCAGAAGCCUCACCCGGGUACUAGUGGAAUCCUAUCGUAAGAUCAAGGAAUCCGGUCAUAAAUUCGAGAUCGUCUUUGUCAGCGCAGACAGGUAAGAGCUGCCUCUCUGCCAUUGGAACCAGCUCCUGCUACGCUUGGCGGGGAAGGGACAGGACAUGGGAAUGAAAGGCGAUCGGCUAUUGGCCAGUCAGAAUGGAUUGGCAGGUGGUCCAUGGCACUGGGGAAGCGGGUGCCAGAAGCAGGCGGGACAGUAGCAGGGGCUGUAGGUCAUUAGCGCAGCUCUUAGUGUGGAAUCAAGCAUUUGGAGAGCCUUAGCUUUCGGUUUUCUUAAAGCACAGUUUCUAGUCCCUAAGAUUGAGUUCAAAGGUGCAUGUGACCCGUUGCCUGGUGAAAUGUUAAGUUACACAUAAGCACUUGCAUACAUAUUUUCCCAGGCUUGUUACCUGUUGGAGGGGUUCUGUGCCCUCACUACAGAGGUGCCAAAGUUUAGUUCCUAGAAGGUAAUCAGGGAUUGGUAAGGCAGGCAUGGAGAGAGAAAGAGAGAGAGAGAGAGAGAGAGAGAGAGAGAGAGAGAGAGAGAGAGAAUUUGAGAGCAGAGCCAGAAACACCCGAGGAAGAGCCUGCAGAGCAAGGGAAGCAUCAGGAGGGUAAAGGGACCCCUGACCAUUAGGUCCAGUCGUGGCCGACUCUGGGGUUGCAACGCUCAUCUCGCUUUAUUGGCCGAGGGAGCCGGCGUACAGCUUUCUGGUCAUGUGGCCAGCAUGACUAAGCCGCUUCUGGCAAACCAGAGCAGUGCACCGAAACACCAUUUACCUUCCCGCCGGAGUGGUCCCUAUUUAUCUACUUGCACUUUGACGUGCUUUUGAACUGCUAGGUUGGCAGGAGCAGGGACCGAGCAACGGGAACUCACCCCGUCGCGGGGAUUCAAACCGCCGACCUUCUGAUCGGCAAGUCCUAGGCUCUGUGGUUUAACCCACAGCGCCAUCCGCGUCCCAUCAGGAAGGUAGUCAGGAGCAAAGGAAGGGAAGGAAUCUAAUGCAACAAAUGGCUCUCAGCUGCAGAUUAACAAAACCCAUCCACAGUAAAAGGAAUUCAAAGACAGCAACUUUUAUCAGUAAUAUCAGUAAAGUUGCGUGUCCUUUUCCAAUGAGUUGCAGUGUGGCUUUGAGAUCAGGGGUCCUGCUCAGCUCCUGGCGUUCGAAUCCAAACUCAGCAGACACCCUUAGCACUACAUUUCCAUUGUGCAAGGCUGUUCUUUGGUGGCCUCUUCCUGUGGCUUUUAGAAUCCCUGUGGCACUUCCUAGGCAGUAUUUUUAUAUAUCCCACAAUUUUACAGACGUUGGGGUUUUUUUUAGAAACUCUGCAUCCCAUUCACCCCUGCCUUAUUUAUAUAUACAGUAUAUGAAGAAGAGCAAGAUUCUAGUCCUCAUUACAGUGGGGAAAGUACACUUGGGGCGGGGAACCAUUGUUGGAGUGUCUGGCCCCAGAGUGAUGGAUGGAUAAGUUUCCUUAGUAUCAACCUUAAUAUGGUUGUUAAAAGGUAAAGUGACCCCGGACCAUUAGGUCCAGUUGUAACCGACUCUGGGGUUGCGGCGCUCAUCUCACUUUAUUGGCCGAGGGAGCCGGCGUACAGCUUCCGGGUUGUGUGGCCACCAUGACUAAGCCGCUUCUGGCGAACCAGAGCAGCGCACGGAAACGCCGUUUACCUUCCCGCCGGAGUGGUACCUAUUUAUCUACUUGCACUUUGAGGUGCUUUUGAACUGCUAGGUUGGCAGGAGAAUAUGGUUGUUACACUUUUAUAAAUCAUAGGGUGCACACAGUCUCCCUGCCCUGCCGCCUGGCCGCCCCCCGUGCCAUAUCCACAGCACGGAUCAGCUUCACGGAUGUGCCCUUCGCAAAGAGCACAUUUCACAACAGCAGCCCUGUGAAGGCUACUGCAACCAGACUGCUUUUGUCCGCUGCAGUCCAGACCUCGUUCCGCACUGCAGGGUUGGUGUUCCACCUGGAAAGGUUAAAAGGCUGCCUCCUUUUGCUUCGCCCCCUCCAGGUCGGAGGAAUCGUUCAAGCAGUAUUUCAGCGAGAUGCCCUGGCUAGCCGUCCCGUACGCUGAUGAUUCUCGCCGCUCGCGUCUCAACCGGCUCUACGGCAUCCAAGGUGGGACAAAAAGCCUCUUCGAAAACUAACGUUCCUAGGAUUGCAUGUGUCGUGCAUAACAUACUUUUGGCCCUUGCUAGAAAAGGUAGUGCCAAAACAAAAAGGUCAUUGAUUAGGUUUAGUAUUGACGUGUAAUGUUUAUGUUUCCUUAUAUCCCAGUUAUUGGGAUAUUUGUGUAAAACUCUUAUACAAUGUUUACUUGUAUGAAAUUCUUAUAAACGUCUUAAAGUAAAAAAACAAAAACCAACCCUCAACUUGGUUCCAGAUUUGAUUUCCCACAAUUCCUGGAAGGGCUGGGAAGGUGUCCCAGUCUGGAAUCCUUGAGAGCUGCUGCCAGUUAGUGUCGACAUUAUUGAGAAUAGAUGGACUGAUGGUCUGACUCAGUAGAAGGCAGCAUCUUACAUUCUGUGCAUUCCUCGCCUCAUUCUCCUCCUUCUUUUAACUCUGUCCAAGAGGGAGGUUUUCUUGGAGCUACCUUUUGCUCGGCUUUUGUCAUUUGCUCAUUUCCUUUUAUCAUUUUCACCGCUGUGCCCUGCUAAUGACCUUAGGGGAUUUCUAAGGAAGCAUGAAAUAGUUAAUGAUAAACACUCAAAACCAAUACACCCCUGCCAAGAACCAAAAGACACUGAACAAUGAUUUAACCAUUUUAAAAAAAUGCUACAUGGGCUAUCAACAAAAUUUUUGAAUUCAUCUUAAUGAACCUUUGAUCUUGGGGGUGGGUGGAAUUUAACGGUUCAAAGAAUAUGCAAAAGUCCCUCCUUGAAUAUUUUUGCCUGCCCUGGGAAUGUGUCAUUGAACUCUGAUUCGUGCCUCUUUCUUCCUUGGAUGAAUGAAAGAGCGAAAUUUUGCAUUUGCAUUUGUUGCUCCGCCCACUUCAUCUCUGGCCCCACCCACUAUUGGCAGGUGACCUGUGGAAGAGAAAGCAGAAAAAGCUCCUUCAUUUUUCUUCUUGAGUGAUCAAGAAAGGGAGAGGAAGGGGUGUGGCUAUGCAAAUUAGGGCAACCUUCUGACUCUAUGGCUCCCAUUAAGGGACAAAAGAACGGGCUGUGGCUUUGCAUGGCUAGGGAGGCACGAAAGUCCCCUUUUUCUCAGCCCACCCAAAAGUAAACUGGAGCUAUUUGGAGUAGAUUUGGGCCCGUGUUAGACAAGGCUGGUGGGAGCUGCACAGGCGACUCCCCACUUAACACAGAGGUAAUGUUCUGGGGCCCUGCGUGCAUAAGUGAAAUUGUGUAAAGCGGGGAGCCCCCUCCAAACACCCUCUUUGCCGCUCUCUCUUCAAUCCAUACCAAAAGUACUGUAUCCGAAAACAUCCACAAAGAGAAUUGGGGUCAUCUAAAGGCUGGAGGACACAUAGCAAGACGACUGCUGUGCUACCCUGCACAUCAGUUGUUAGAUGGGGAGGCUGAGCGGCAUAAACAAAGCUCCUCUGUGCCUCCAGUCUCUUUGGGGCUUCCUCCACCCUCACUGAUGUCCUCUUUGGGCUCCAAGGAGGGUCUUCUCAUGAGUCACGAGGACUCUCCAGUUCUCUUGCCAUUUCUGGGUUCAAAUGGAAUUGUUUAAUUCCAGCGCUGCGCACAAGUUGGUAGCGCGUAAGUAGGGGGGGCAUCUGCAGCCCAAAAUAUGGCUGUGCCAGCUGGGGCUGAUGGUUGCUGGAGUCCAAAGCACCUGGCAGGGGCACCAGGCUGAGGAAGGCUAUGCUAGAGAUGUUCCAAACUGGCUGCGUGUGUCUGGUUCUGUUUUCCUUCCUGAGUAGGGUAACGACAGGCUUUCUUGUUCCUCUGGCCUUGUGCCCUGGAGGUGGUUUUUGCUUUAACUUUAUUUUUUUUUCUGCCAAAAGGAAAAAAGAAAAUCAAAUCUGCAGGAGGAAAUUGUACACAGACCCCGAGGGCUUAAUUUGGGGAGUGUCUGAAAGCUUCCAUUCACAGUGCUGGGGAAGGGAGGGCUCCACCCUCAUCCCCACAAGCCCCUGACCUUGGGAAGGGCUGUAGCUCACCGAUAGAGCAUGUGGUUGUGCAGGCUGAAAGCCACCAGUUCUGCAUCUGACAUAAUCUCCCUUUAAAAGAAUCAGGUGGCAGGUGGUGGGUUAAAGACCCUUCUCUCUCUGAGACCCUGAGGAGCCAUUGCUAGUUGCUGUAGACUUGGGGGAAGGAAUAGGCCAUCAUGUUGGAACUACAACUCCCAGCAUUCCUCUCUGUUGGCCAAGCUGCCUGGGGCUGAUGGGAGUUGGAGUCCAAUAACAUCUAGAGAGAAUCUUGAGCUAGAUGGGUCUGUGAUUUGACUCUGUAGAAGGUCACUUUCUAGGUUCCUAUGUUCAGGGUUCCCUGUUGCCAAAAUAAUUGCAAAAAGGGAAACUUUUUCAGCCUGAGGGCCACUUUGCUUUCUGGACAAGCUUCUGGGGGCCGUGUGCCAGUGGGAGGCAGAGCCAGAGGGGAAGGUGGGUGGAACACCAAACAAAAAAUUUUGUACAGUGGGCUAGUUUAUAGACACCCACCCCUCUUAAAUUCUCCAUCCAAGCAAGCAAAGAGGCAUGUUCAGAGUUCAGUGGCACAUUCUCAGCACAGCAAAAAUACUGAAUCAGGGACAGUGAGGGCUGUGACCUGUGAGGGAGACCCAAGGGCCAGAUAGAGAGGUCUGGAGGGCCGCAUUCAUUCCCUGAAAAUAAGAUUAUUCAGAGUUCUUUUGCCUUUUGCUACAACCCAGACAUCUGCCAACCUGAAGCCAGGUGUGAAGUAGAUGAAAUGAAAGACUUCGGCUUGCCUCCAGCUACGUUUCACUUUGAGUAGACCCAAUGAGAUCAAUGGGCCGAAGUGUAUCUUCAGUGGGUCUGCUCUAAAUAAAACAUAGCUGGCUUUGUGCCAAGUGGUACUGAAUGCUUCAUGUUCCCUAGGCUUUUCUCACCUAUAAUGGAGCUGAAAUUAUUACUAUUAUUUAUUAUUAUUACAUGGCUCUCCCCAUUUAAUCCUCACAGUGACCUUCCAAGGUAGGCUAGCCUGACCCAUUUCCACCUAGUGAGAGUUUCAAGGCUGAGCAGGGAUUAGAGACCCAGUUUCCCCAGUUCCUAGUCCAUGAAACCAUCAUUGGCUUCCUCCUUCUUCCAGAUCAGGGUAUCGUGCAGAGUGGCAGCACUUAGACUCCUCAGCAGAUCUGAGCUUUGCUGUGCUCCUGUGUGGCUUUUUUUCAAUUUGCUUUUCCUCUCAGCACAAAGUUUGGGGAUUUAUUCCCCUCUCCCUGCGUGUCAAAUCAUCACUUGGUUUUUUUUUUGGUGUAGGUCACCGCACAAAAGCAGCUGUUGCAGGAAGAAUGCAAACAAUGUGGGGAAUGAGCUGGAAGCUCUGAAGGCAGCCGGCUUGUGGGGCAAAUUCCUGGCAAAGACUUGGCUGGCAACAGCCGGCUGUGAACCCUGCUCCAUAUUCUUUGGCCAGGGGUGAGGAUAUUAUAUUGAAAUUUAAAACAGAACCAGAGGACUCAUAGAAUUGGGGAGCUGGAAGGGACCACAAGGGUCAUCUACUCCAACCCCCUACAAUGCAAGAAUCUAUUGCCCAACGUGGGGCCCAAACCCUUGACCCUGAGAUUAAGAGAGUCAUGAUCUGCUGACUGAGAGAGCUUGAUUGCAACAGAUGUGCCUAUAAAGCACCAUAUAAAAGAAACAAUAACUGUUGCUCACCAAUUUCAGCACCUCAAAAACAAUUUCCAUCUCAGAUUUAUUUUUUAUUCAUUCAUUCUUAAUAAUAAUAAUAAUAAUAAUAAUAAUUUUUUAUUUAUACCCCGCCCAUCUGGCUGGGUUUCCCCAGCCACUGUGGGCAGCUUCCAACAAAACACUAAAAUACAGUAACCUAUUAAACAUUAAAAGCUUCCCUAAACAGGGCUGCCUUCAGAUGUCUUCUAAAAGUUUUGUAGUUAUUUUUCUCCUUGACAUCUGGUGGGAGGGUGUUCCACAGGGCGGGUGCCACUACCGAGAAGGCCCUCUGCCUGGUUCCCUGUAACUUGGCUUCUCACAGCGAGGGAACCGCCAGAAGGCCCUCGGUAUAUGCACUGGUAUAUACCACAUUUCAUCACAUUACUUACAGCAUACUUUUUUUCUUUUUAAAAAAAGCAAGUUCCUAGUCCUUAUGAAAGCUGAAGACUUUGCUUUUUGCAAAGGUGGUCUGUUUGUCAGUGUAAGGUUGCUUCCUGUGAUCCUGUGGCUCACCUGACUGACUCCUUGGCUGGUGAGGUGGGGUGUCAGUCCCUCCUCGAAACUGGCCAACGUGGCAGGGGCUCAAUAAGCAAGGAAGCAGCUCCUGUCCUGGUGAGCUGCAGGUUUGAGCCCUGCGGCACCCAUCGCUCUUGAGUUGUUACUUCCAUCCUUCUGGCUUAGUGCUACAUAGAUCUUGCUCAUGAAUGAAUUUCUCCUACCUCACCCCGCAAAACAAAAAAACCCAGUUUUAUUAACUAUCCUACAUGAAACCAGUUUCACGCCGCCUACUAGAGAAGUAGGCAGACUCAUCACUGUUUAGCCACAAUUUAGGGAAACCUGAUUCCUGGACAGCUAAGUGGCAGGUGGUGGCUGCAGGCGGGACAUCGCUUGACACCUGUCAGAUUAUUUUUUCCAAGGCAGCAGGGGGAUCAGGGCAGUAGGCAAAAGCAAUCCAGAGAUCCAAAGUGACUGGCAAGGAGGGUAGGAAAACGCCCAAGUGGCUGAACAUUUCAGUAUGUGAAAGUUAACAUCAGAAGAGUCCAGCUGUGGAAUCAGGCCAAAGGCUGGAUUUCCCUAUGUGAUGUCAUCACUGAGGGCAAGCGAAGUCAAAUGGCGAGUGAGGGCAGCGUAGGAAGAGGCUGGCCACUGGAUCAUUUAGUCUUGCUCUCACAGUGACCAGCCAGAAGCCAGAUUGAGCUAUAUGCUGCCAUCACUGAGAGCAAAUGCAGUAAGAUUGCAGUCUUUAUGGUUCUGAGUAAAGAGCUUUGCAACUAAGUUGUGGUUUUCUUCCCCACAGAGCAGAAGAGACUUCCUUAUACCAAAUCAGACCAUUGGUCCAUCUAGCUCAGUGUUACCUCCACUGACUGGCAGUGCAGGGUUUCAGACAGGGGUCCUGCCCAGCCACUGGGGAUUGAAGCUGGGACUGUCCGCAUGCAAAUCCUCUGUUACUGAGCAUCACCGUCUCCUUCUUCGUAUGCAUCUUGCCCACACAGAGGCUCACCUUGCUGUUUAUCUUUGUCCCUUCCCUAUUCCAGGCAUCCCGACCCUCAUAGUCCUGGACCCCAAGGGGGACGUGAUCACGCGACAAGGCCGGGUGGAGGUGCUGAACGACAUCGAGUGCCGGGAGUUCCCCUGGCACCCCAAACCCGUCCUGGAGCUGACCGACUCCAACGCCGUCCAGCUGAACGAGGGCCCUUGCCUCGUCCUCUUCGUAGGUAAGGGAUUCCCCCAACUGUGGCAGCCGCUUCCACUCCUGCCUCUCCCCCCGCCCCCAGAAGGUUGCAGAGAUCAGAAACAGCACCUCUUCCUGAAAGUUGUAGAAGUGGCUUUGGAAAUUUUCCAGUCCUCAAGAUGGCAACACCCCCCCCCCUGUUUCUAGCCAGAAGCAACAUACCAGGUGGAACCUCAAGCCUGGGGGUCAGAUGUGGCCCUCCAUAUGCCUCUGUCUGGCCCUUGGGACUCUCUCCAAGCCAUGAUCCUCAUGGGCUAGUUUCAAACCCUCCUUGUUUUUUCGUUUUUGUUUUUUAAUGGGCCUGGCUGGAAAUGUGCCCUUGAACUCUGAGCAUGCCUAUUGCUUGCUUGGAUGGAGAAUAGAGGAGAGAGAGAGAGAGAGAGAAUGUGAAUGUGUUAGAAACUAGCAUACCAUACAAAGGCAAAAUCUGCAUUUCUUUCUCUGCCCACUUUUCCCCUUUGCCCCUGCCCACUUCUAGUAUGUGGCCCUUGGGAGGUUGUCCAGAAGGGAAUGCAGCUCUCAGCUUGAAAAAGGUUCCCCAUCCCUGGCUUAGUGUGCUCCCCAAACCCUGGGUUCGCUGUUAGGCUUUCUCCUCCGUGACCACAACCUGCAGCCAUAGGACAAGUCUAGGGUUAAGGAGGAGAGACUGUGACUCCGUUCCCGGGCUUGGGUGACGUGUUAAUCCCAGGCAUGGGGAAGCAGUGGCUCUUUGGGCAUCACUGGGCUAUAACUCCAAUCAUUCCUGGUUGUUAGCCACGCAGGCUGGAGCUGAUGGGAGUUGUAGUCCAACAUCUGGAGGCCACCCUGCUCUGGAAAUCCCAGGAAAGAGCAAAGCAGCUGCGAUCUUCUCUUCCCCGGUGUGUUCCCACUAGCAACACAGCUGUCGUUUCCGGUUCUGAAUCUGGGUUAGGGCUUCCAGCCCAGUGGAAAUCUCCGUUCAGCAUGAGGCUACUUCUCCCCCCUGCAAGCAACACCCCACCCACCCACGGUGAUGUGGUACCUUAAUCGGAUGAGCUGUUCCCCUGUUGCAGCCAUGCUGUGCCUGAUCAGUUCCCUUACAAUGGCGGCACUCCAAGCCUCACAUUCAUCCGUUUCCUGUUUCUGCCCCUGGAGUCUUCUCCCCCUCCACCCAACCGAGGACUCAAGCUGUGUCUGAAUGCGGUUGUCUGUAACCCCCCUGGAGUGCGGGGCCAAUUGCGCUUCUUUCACGGCACGUACAUCUAAGCCCCCCCACCAACCCCAACAGUUCUCGGUUUGUAUCGGCGACCGUGGGGGAAAACGGGGGCGGUGAGCGUAACACCUCCCCACGUAAUUAAUUCUUUUGCUUUAGAUUUGAUCUCACGCUUAACCUUUUGUAAAGCGCUGUUUUGUCUGCAAAGUGCUUGAAAAUACACAAACGCUUUUUCGCACGAGCGCACACUUGAGACCGUUUAGUGCUUGGAACGGCUCGUCUUUUGCAACGCUGCUUGUGUAAGCUGUACAUCUCCUGCCUUUAUCGCAAUUGUGUCCUUCCCUUGCGAGGUGCUUAGGCACACACAUACACAAACACACACGAAGCUGACAGACCCACGGACACGUGGAUAUUCAAACUAGGCUCUCGCCAUUUUGUUCCUGUUUUCUGGUUGUAACAGUACCAAAUCUGGGUUUAAAUGCGCUCAGAUUGCACCAUUGAGGUUUGUUUCGCUCUAAAAUGUUACCUUCCCCCCAGCUCCCCAAAAAGUGUUUAGGAAAAUGCAAAAAUUGUUUCUCAUACAGUGAACUGGAUCAGGGAGCUAGAUAGAUAAUUAAGACUUGCUGCUGCUUAAAAUGCUACAACGAAAUGAGUCAUACAAUUUUUCACAAUGCUGUAGGUGAAAUGUAUUCUGACUGGGAAUGUCUAUACAUGCUUAAAUGCAAAAAAAACAAAAACAAAAUGAUAACGUCCAACAAAAUCAGUGUGACGGAUUGUGCUUAAUGGAGGCUAUGUUGCAAUCAAGCAGUAUAUGGAUUUCAUUACAGAAAUAAAUAGCACUGAGACAGUCAGUUUGUUUGUUUUUGUUUUGUUUUUUAAAAACCCCCAAAAUGAUAUAUCCAAAUAGAUGCCUGAUCAACAGAAUUCAUGUCUGUUGAUCAGGUAUCUCUUCAGAUAGAUCAUUUUAUUUAUUACGGCUUUAAGCAUGUAUAGCAGUUGCCUUCGUUUUAGUGGAAUACGUUUUUAUCUAUGUCAUCAUCAGUUCUCGAGGUGUGUUAUAUGUGAAACAAACACGAUAGUCUCUGGUCUUAGGCGAAGCUGUCUUUUUUUGUCCUACUGGGAUGGGGCAGCUCUGCUCGUCAGCCUAGUUCUCCCCCUCACCGCUGCCCCCUAGUAAUUCACUCUCCUCUCCGCUUUCUAGCUCUCUGUUCAAGCUGAGCUCACUGUGACCCUUCUUAUUUAUUCAGCAAAGCGCUGCUGCGUGAGGGUCCUCCAGCCCACCGGGAACCCGACUCUUGUAGCCGGGGGUGGGAAUAGAUUGUUGCGCUCCCUGCGGGUGAGUGGGGAAUGAUUGAUAGGGCGGCCCCGUCUGGCUAAUGAUGGACCACUCUGCAAGAGAGUUAUCCCAGCAGCAUAAUAACAUCCACCCCCCCCUUCCAUGCUUGCCUGUGGGGCAGAAAUUCAGCGGGGGGGACAAAUAAUCCAGGAAUCGUUUCCAGGGGUUCGGUUAGAGGGCGGAUCGUGCUGUGUCCUUGCGGGGUGAAAAUGACCUAAAACUCUAUCUGUUGCCAUGAUGACAAAUGUCAAGCCCUCUGCUAAUGAGUACCUGUCAUUACUCUGCCUAGGGAAAACCUUGUCCUUUUUCCUUUUUUGCCUGGUUUAGGGCUGUUGUUGUUUCUGUAUUUCUUUUAAAAAAAUAAAUUUAUAUAUACAUGUAUACUGAAAGCUCUAGUGAACCUCCAUCCCUGUAUAUAUAUAAUCACGGCGAUCAAUAAUUCAAUUAAUCCAGCCAUCUCAUAUCAAAAGGAACCUAUGCUAAUUGUGCAAUUAAUUCAUCUGAAUAUUUGAAAACCUUUCAGUUUACCCAGUUUCAUUCCACUUUUUUAUAUUUUCCUUUUCCCCCUGAUUGAUUCUAGACCAGUGCAUAUUAAAAUACCAGACAAUGGCCCCUUAAUACAAUAAAAGUGUACUGAAAUGAUAAUGUAAACAUAAUAAAACUGCAAGACAGUCCAAAUUUUUAAAUGCAGUCGUUAGCUACAACAGCACAUGGCUCACAAAUGCUGUUUUAAAUUAGCCUGAAUGAAUGACAGCAGUUAAUAUUUCAUCUGUAGCUCUUCUUCGUAGUUUAUAUAUAACACCCAGUUAUUUAAAAAAUCUUAAUACAGUAUCCUUCUUUUUUAUUUCAUUACUUGUUAUACGUGUAGCAAACAAGACUGACAAAGUAUUCCAACAAUCCAAAGAAAUAAAUUGUUUUUCUAUCUUCCUUAUAUGGUUUAUUUCAUGUUAUUUUUGUUUAUACCCUGCUCUCUGAAAAAAAGAAUAAGUAGACGAUAUGGGAGUUAGCACAUAGCUAUGGUUGAUGAGGCUGUUUCAGCUUCUUUGCCUUACCCUAGUAAAUAUAUUGCCUCGAUCUGUGGAACUGGCACCAUUAGAGGCGCCACAUAAUACUUGUUCCGCCUUUGUAAGAAAUCCAUCAUUUAAUGUGGCAAACCCAUCCUUUGGAACGCCCUGGCUCUUGACAUCAGGCAGGCAUCUUCAUUGUUUCAGCACCCGCUAAAAACCUUUUUGUUUAGGCCAUGGGUAGUCAAACUAAGGCCCAGGGGCCAGAUCCGACCCAGUCGCCGUCUAAAUCCGGCCCGCGGACGGUCUGGGAAUCAGCGUGUUUUUACAUGAGUAGAAUGUGUCCUUUGAUUUAAAAUGCAUCUCUGGGUUAUUUGUGGGGCACAGGAAUUCGUUCAUUCCCCCCCACAAAAAAAAUAGUUCAGUCCCCCCCAAGGUCUGAGGGACGGUGGACUGGCCCAUGGCUGAAAAAGUUUGCUGACCUCUGGUUUAGGCAAAACCAGAUAUGACAUGUAGAAUGCUGGGAUGUGUUUUGAUCUGUUUUUAGCUUAUUGUUGAUUUUAGUUCUUUUUUGAAUGCUUUUCAGAGAACGGUUUUUACUGUACUGAUAAUUUUAUUGGUUAUUUGUUUAUUUAUAUACCCACCCUUCAAGGUGGGUUAUAGCAUUACUGCAUUAUUCUUUUUGUAAACUAUUUUGAGGUUUGUAAUUUUUUUACAAAGUACAUAAAUAAAGUUAGAUUGGGGUAGCCACUGUGGCUUCCUCCAGAUUUUGUCAGCUGCAAACCCCUUCAUCCCCUGACCAUUGGCCAUUCUCGCAGGUGCUGAUGGGAUUUGUCGCCUGACAGCAUCUAUAACUCUAUAGAGAUCUUGCUGCUCUACAGCUGCCCCCCCCUCACCUCUGCACCACUCUGGCUCCUGAAAUUCCUCUUCAGGCGCUGCUGCUGCUAUUAUUAUGAUCAUUAUCAUUAUCAUUUUCAUUUCUAUGCCGGUUUCUAUUUUUAAGGGAAAAAAUCUCAAAGCUGUUUACAACACAUUUAAACACCAAAUAAAACAAUCCAGAAUGAAGCGUGAUUGAACAAAGUCAAAUAUGAAGUAUACAUUCAAAGCGACAUAAUUAAAUUGAAAUUAAACAUUGCAAGGGAGGUCAGCUGCAGAAUGCACAUUUAAUGCAGCAAACUUAACACCAAGAACAACAAAAAGGGAUAGGACAACAACAACAAGGGAUAGGGACAAGGAACUUUUGAAACAGUCGUCGUGAAAAUCAACGAGCAAGUUACAGGUGCCUUCUGACACUUGAAUUGCUGCUGCAUUAAGUUAGAUACCAAAAACGACACCCUCCCUCCCUGUGGCUUCUGAGUUUCCAGCAGGCAUUGCUCCCGUGUUUUCUGAACAUCUUUGCACCCAAAUGGACUAGAAACUUGAUUAUUAUUUUUUUUAAAAAGAAGCUUUUGAUUCUCUGGAAUCUAAAUUUUGGAGCCAGGUCCAACAUCAUGCAUUCUUGCCAGUAUUUUCAUGGGGUUGUGAUGAGACGCAGGACCUGGCUUCCUGUGACAUGCCCCCCCCCCCCAAAAAAAAACUGCUCUGAAAGUUCCCCAGAUAAUUCAGCUGUCCUUUCAGCUACGGGACACCCUCCCCUAUCGAUCCAGCCCGACAGCAAAGCCCCGUUUUACAGUCCCCCGUCUCUCCAUCUCUCUCUCCUCAUGACCCCCCCUCCUUUAAAUUAAACAGCAGGAGCCUCAGAACAGCUUGGAGGGGUGUGUGUAUGUGUCUCUACACAGAGCUGCAUCUGUGACUAUUAUUAAUCAGCUUUGUGCCGUAUAUAUUUGCCACCUACUUGGGAGGUCACCCUGGAGGCACAGGAGCUGGAGCGCAGCCAAUUAGCUUUGUUGGUGGGGGGAGAAGGGGAGAGAAAAAAAUUAAUCCCAUUAUUAAUCUUUCUCCCCGAAUGCAAACACAGAGGGUGGGUGGGAUUGUCUGUGUCUCCAGCCUCUCUUGUUCUCUGUUUAAAUUUUUAAAAAGCGAGAGGAAUAGGGAGUUCAUCUCACGGGUCUUUGCAGGCUGACAUCCCAUGGUUGAAAUUACACAGCCAAUCCAGACACAAGCACCGCAACAUUCAAAACGUUCCUAAUCGAGUCAGCAAUGUGGCUUUGGCCUUCGGGGUUCUUGCGGAUGAGGCCUGCGCAUUCCACCCGGCUUUAGACAAAGAGACUGUCAAAGCCCCAAACCGCUGCCCUUAACUCGGAGCAGGUCGGAACAGGGGACUGUUUGUAGAAACCCCCAAAGCAGUGAUCUAUCGUACAACUUUUAGGAACGUGGGAAGCGAUAACUUUAUAUCAGACCCUGUUAUACAGAUUGCCCUGAUAGGUAUUCAUUUAUAUUUAGAAAUUACCUGGAAUUGGCUAGUUUUGUUUUUAGAGAUUGCUUUAAAUUCAGUUCCCUUCAGUGCAAGAGGCAGUAGGCCUGUGAAUCACCAGGAGGAGGGGAUCACAAAUGAGGGGGGGCUGUUGCCAUUGCACCCCACUUCCCAUGUGGGCUUCCCUGGCCCUUGUGAGAAUAGGAUGUCAGGCUGCAUGGCCACGGGCUUUAUCAAGCAGGGCUGUUUUCUUCAUGUACUUGAUUUCGCUUGCCGUCAGUGAUGGCAGCAUGGAGUCAAAUCUGCCAUCUGGUUGGCCACUGUGAGAACAGGAUGCUGGAUUAGGAUGGGCCUCUGGUCUGACCCAGCUCUUCUUAUAAUGUUCUAAGCUGAUUGAAGAAGUGUGUUGGGGUGUAUUCGACGCUUUCCAGUAACACAUGCAUGCCACAAUUUCACAUAAGUGUAGAAAGCACCUGGGGUGUGUGUGUGUGUGUGUGUGUGUGUGUGUGUGUUGUCUUUGCUGUGCCAUUCAGCUUCCAUGUAGCUGAAACUGCACCAUACACAAAGCCCUCCCAGGAUACACAGACAGGAGUUGCUUUUAAAAAGUGAGGACUGGAACCUUGAAGCUGAUGUGUAUCAUUUUCCUCCACAUCUCUUGCCCUGCAGAUUCUGACGACGACGGGGAGUCCGAGGCCGCCAAGCAGCUGAUCCAGCCCAUUGCCGAGAAAAUAAUUGCCAAAUACAAAGCCAAAGACGAAGAGGCUCCUCUGCUGUUUUUCGUUGCCGGAGAGGUACGGCCAGGGAAGGGGGAGCCACAGCAGUGGGGGAAAGGGGUGGGUCUUGCAUGGGCACAUGGCAUAGUAAGGUAAAGGGACCCCCCAUUAGGUCCAGUCGUGGCCGACUCUGGGGUUGUGCACUCAUCUUGCUUUACUAGCCGAGGGAGCCGGCGUACAGCUUCCGGGUCAUGUGGCCAGCAUGACUAAGCCGCUUCUGGCAAACCAGAGCAGCGCACGGAAACGCCGUUUACCUUCCUGCCAGAGCGGCCCCUAUUUAUCUACUUGCACUUUGACGUGCUUUUGAACUGCUAGGUUGGCAGGAGCAGGGACAGAGCAACGGGAGCUCACCCCGUCGCGGGGAUUCGAACCGCCGACCUUCUGAUCGGCAAGUCCUAGGCCCUGUGGUUUAAACCACAGCACCACCUGCGUCCCUGGGCAUAGCUGGCUUCUAAUGCUUGUGGGCUUCUGAUUCCUCUUAGGGAGGGCAUCUGUUAAAAGCUGAAAGCCACAACACUAGGCUGUCUGCCCCUUUCCCCUGUGCACCCUGGGAACUGUUGUGAUGGGAAAGGGGCAAGGGUUCUUUAACAGAACUCAGCAUCCUCACCAGCCUACAAGACCCAGAAUUCCUCAGGGGAGAGGCGAGGGAAGUGUCAUCAGCCAAGGGCCACAUUCUCUUGUCAGUGAUCUUCUAAGGGCCAUAGGCUUGGGCUUGGGGCGAGGCCAGAGUGAGCGGAGCAAAGGAUGCUGCAUAAACUUGUAGAGGAAGUUGCUUUCCAGCUGCACCAAAGUCAGAGGUGUCUCACUCUCUGCACAUUCAUAGAGGGGAGGGGAUGUGGCCUAGGGAGAGGACCGAGGGCCACAUAGGGGAGCCCUGAGGGCCGAUCUGAGCUUCCCCACCCCUGCUGCUUUAGGCAAAGCCAUGACUGUUAUCUCAGGGUCAAAGAAUGCAAGCUGUAAAGCUGUUGGUUCAAAUCUCAGGCCAGCCGUGAACUUUCUAGGUGGGCUUACAACUUUCUUGCAAGGUAGGAAAGCACUACUAUCCUCAUUUUACGGAUGCACUUCCUUGCCCUCCUUCCCGCAAUACUUUUAGAUAAUAGCUUGACUAAGGCCGAUAUCAUGCCAACAGCAAGUUACCAAAUAGAAGUCCUCCGUAGAAUAUACCAUCGCAGAUUACACUUCAUGGUUGUGGCUUUCAUACAGUUCAAUAUUUUCUCAAUGAAUAAACGGAAACCUUGCCUAUCAGGUGAGAAGCUUAGGCUAGACCACUUUUCCCUGACAUGCCAGCUUUCUAUGUGGAACAAAUUUAGUCUGGAGGAGCAUUUGACCAUGUGAUCCCUUCCCUUCUCGUAUCCAGUCUGAUGUGGUUCAGUCCAGAAAAGGGAACUUUAUCAUUUUGUCUGCUGUCGGUGAGCAAGCGAGGCUUUACAGACUGUUAACUUAGGCCUCCACCUGCCUCCCCAAUCUGCAAUAAAUAAUACUGGCGCUCCUCGCAGGGUGGUUUGUAAGGGUUGAGAAAGCUAAUGUCAGCAAAACACUGCACCCAUUUUAAAAGAUGCUUUUUAAAUCAUAGAAUCAUAGCCGGGAGGUGUCACGAGGGUCAUCUAGUCCAACCCCCUGCAAUGCAGGAAUCUUUUGAAGGGUCUCAUGCUCUACUGACUGAGCUAUGCGCCUUCAAUUGUUUGAGAAGCACACAGUCCAAACACUGUCCCAGGCGCAUGGUUAAGUUGAAGGCUUUUGGGAACAAGAUGAGGUCGUGUCUGUUGAGAUUUAACUUGGAAACCUGACACAGUUGCUCAGAUGUUUACUUAUAUUCAGAAGUGGCAAGCGUGUGUGUGUGUGUGUGUGUGUGUGUGUGUGUGUGUGUGUGAUGUGAGAGAGACAAAGAGAGAGCACAUUUGUUUGCCAAAGAGUUGCAAGGGAUCAUUAAGAGAAUUUUCAGCACCCUGGACCAAACUCAAAUCUGGUCCUUUGCACAUUCUCAGGUGUCCUGUUGUCUCCUUAUGUGUGGGCUGCUGGCAGUCAAAAGGGGUUUGUGUGUAACCCCUGUGUGCCAGGACAUUUCCAGACUGCUGACUGCCGUCUCCCUUCCAACCUGGCUCCCCUCCGUAGCUUUUGCUGACCGGCUUCCAUUUGGAUCGGAGCCAUCCGGUCUUCUCAUGUACAGCCGUACCUUGGAAGUCAAACGUUCCAAAACGUUCGGAAGCCAAAGUGCAGCUUCUGAUUGGCUGAAGGAAGCUCCUGCAGCCAGUUGGAAGCCCCAUCAGACGUUCGGCUUCCAAAACAACAUUCAAAAACCGGAACACUCACUUCUAGUUUUCGAUCGUUUGGGAGCCGGAACAUUUAACUCUCAAGGCGUUUGGGAGCCGAGGUAUGACUGUAACUCAUUUGCCACAAUUAGUUUGGAACAGAGCCUCCCUGUCCACAGAAAGUCUACCUCUGAAUAUCAGAUUCCGGGGACACUGCAAUAAAUGGGCCUUUGGCCUGAUCUAGCAAUGUGAUUCUUAUGUUCUCUCACCCCACUCCUUUUUAUUUUAAGGACUUUUGGGGGCUGAGUAUGUAAAUUAGGGGGCCUUGACCGAGACAUGGCUCAGCUUUUCUGCUCCAAGGGGGCCAAUGGGACAUGUGGCCAUUCCCCUUGUUUCCCGAGUGAGCCAAACGAACGUGGCGUUCCCUUCCUGCCAGAGACCACCCCUCGUUUUCCAGACCUUUGUUGCUCCUCCGUCCAUACGCUUCCCCCUGCCCCGCGACCCCCUAACAUGUUUGAGAUGCCUGCCUGCCACCCACCCCCGGGGAUUUCUGAAUGCGCUCCUUGUUGUAAAAAAAAUGCCUUCUAAAACAAAGGUCUCCAGCACCCUAUUCCCUCCCUCCCAGAUAGCCCCGGGAAAUUCCCUUCUCUCCCCCCCCCUUCCUCCUGCUUUUCUCCCUCUCGCUCUCCCCCCAAAGCCCCUCCGCGGACCAGCCCCACAUUGACAAACACAGCCCUUCAUUCAUUUCCAACGCCAUCUGCUUGCAGGCUCCCUGACAGCCGCCUGAAUGACCCAUUCAUCACCCACGCUCUAGCUCCUGGAUGACGCCCCCCGGCGUUGUUUUGCGCUAACCCUGCGAGCGAAAGGGGGCUGCGGUAACGUGCACAUGCGCAGCGGGGAGGGGGAGGGCGGCUCCCACCACGUCCACCGCAUUGAUUUACGGGCCCUGCGCUUUUUUGCGGUGGGCGGAGCUUCCCUGUGCCGUCUCCCCCCUUUUAAAAGCAAAUAACAAACGGACAAGGGAGGGGUGAAAUAAAUAGGGGGCAGUGAAAGGGGGGGAGACUCCCCAGUCCCGCACCUGUUGGGCACCGAUAAUAGGGGGUUGGCGGGACCCGCCCCCUCGCCAGCUGUCCUUGGCCCCCGAAGGUGCUGGGAACGCCCUCUUGCCUCUGGGGACCCGACACGGCGACCCCGGGGGGCUUCUUGGGGCACGGAGGGUCCUUUGUGGAAGACAGAACAAAUGUCAAGCCUUUUUUUGAGGCCCUCCGAGCUGGUCGGAGAGGGGGAAUCGGAGAUUUCGGAGAACUCUGAUCCCGGCAUCUGGCAACAAUGCCUCCUCGCCCCCUUCGUCCAGAAAGCCUCUCCAAGAUGCGGCUUCCAUCCUCUAUAAUGCGGCCAGCACCGUUGGGUCGGUCUGAGGACGAUUGGUUGCAGACAAUACUGGGGAAGGGGCAGCGUCCCUGAGCACCCCUGGACUUCGUUGUCAGUUCCUGCGUUUCCCCCCAUCCCCCCUGUUGCCGCGCCUGCGUGCUCCAGACAUUGAUGGGAUUUUGGGCGUGGAGGGAUGGGCACCCGCCAUUUUGUCGAGGCAGAGAGGCAGACCAAGAUGGAUGGAGGUGGGUGGUGGGGGAGAGCUGCGGUCGAAGAAAAAGGGGAGCGCUCAGGGUUGGAUAAGAGUGGACGAGUAAUAAAUAAUAUUUGCCUAUUUAGCAGAGGAGCAGUUCAAGAUCCACUGUGUCGUGAUGGUUAGCUGAUGAACCUGCCAAGGGACGUUGGAAUCCAGCUCCCAGCAGCCCCAGCAGCUAGCAUGCCGGUCUGGGAUGAUGGAAGUUGGAGCCUGGGGCUCUCUGGGAGGCCCUGGGGUCGCCAUCUCUGGGCUCAGAGAGUAGCAUCAGGGAGAUCCGGCUUCAAAUUCCCACUCAGCCAUGAAGUUCACACUUUCCCUUGGCCUAGCCCACCUUCCAGGGGUGUCGUGGGGUAAAACGAGGAGCUGUAUGCUGCCUUGUACUUGUUGGAAAGGUGGGCUAUUGAUGCAGUUAAUACGUAGGAGAGUCUAAGCCCUCCAUGUGCCUAGGUUAGCCCUCAACAACAUCCCCCAAAGGUAAGCAGUGGCCAUAUUGCAGACAGGGCUGGGGGUGAAAAGCAGAGAGAGUUUGUGCUGCUGGCACUGAGGAAGUGUGUUUUGCUUUUCUUUUAAUCGUGGCUGUCGCGUCUGCCUGCAUCUCCUGCCAGAAAACCAGGGGAAAAAAGGAAUAAAUCUCACCAGGGCCUUCAUGGCUCAGAAUCCUGUCUCAGCCCACGCUAGCUGCAGUCACUGUGCCAAGACCCAAACAAAGCAAAGACUGCCUUCAGCAACACACAGACGUUACACACAAACAGAUCCUUUGCAUCCAUCUCCUUUAUUAAGGUUUUUAUUGCCCAUUUCUUUGGCACUCCACCUUUAUCAGGCAGGGUGGGCUGAUCUGCCCGGGAUAUCGAUGUUCAGGCCGCCUGUUCUGUGCGGGUGCCUGGGCACACCUCUUUUGCGCGUGUGGAUGCCUUCAGGUAUCUCUAACCAAGCCUUAUGAGGGAGUUUGGGAUGGAUUCGCAUUACGGCGAAAGAGAUUGUGACUAAAAAUUAGGAAGAGCUUUCUGCCAUUCGACAGUGGAGCGGAUUCGCUUGGAAGGCAGUGGACACUCCUUCCUUGGAGGUUUUUAAACAGGUUGGCUGGCCGUCAGUCAGGGAUUCUUCAGCUGCGAUUCCUGCAUUGCAGGGGGUUGCACUGGAUUAACCUUUGGGUCCCCUCCUGUGAUUCUGUCUCCUGCACCGUUCUAAGCCUGUCCUUUUUUCCUUUUCUAAUUCAGCCAUGAGGACUAGAUCCUUGGCUUGCUUUUUAAAAAAAAAAAUGCAAGUGGAGCUUCUCAAGCUGCUAAAGAGCAACCUGUCACUCCACUUAACCUAACCACAAUUUGCAGCGCUCUCUGUUCACAGCCUUUCCCCCGUCUGGGUGAUAACAGAGCCAAAAUAGAUAGGGGAACUCUUACUGGCUUCAGUCAGCUGUGUGUGUGUGUGUGUGUGUGUGUGUGUGUGUGUGUGUGUGUGAGAGAGAGAGAGAGAGAGAGAGAGAGAGAGAGAAUGGGAGGAGGCCUUAACCUUUGGCCUGGCUUUCACCCUUUCUAAGCAGAGAGGAGAGGCAGGGGCACUAUGCCGCAGACACCCCCCCCUUUGUACUGCCCCCCCGGGUUUUCAUUGUGGCUUGACUGACAGGCAGGGUGUGAGGGUGCUGCAAGUACAGACAAAGGGCAGCUUCUUUUUUCUCCUCCCCCCCCCCUACACCAGGCCGCAAUGAACACAAGACCCUCCUGCCUAAUUGAUGAUCAUAUUUAUUUUACACGGUACCAGCAGUUCCUGAGAUGCUUUACACAUAAGCAAAAAAAUGUGUGGGGUUGUUUUGGGGUAUUUUUUAAUGUCCCGCACCGAAAAGGGUUUGCAAUCGGAUCAAAGGCCCCUCUGGAGCUCCUAGCUGCAAUGACUGUGCCCCCCCCCCCUCUGCUUUCAAAGGCACACUGCCCCUGAAUAACAGUGGAUUGGGGAUUGCAGUGACUACUGCCUGAAACCUUGCAGAGCUGCUGCCAGUCAGUGUAGACAACAGUGAGCUAAAUGGCCCAUCGUUUUCAGUCUGUAUAAGGUGGUUUCCCAUACUCCUUCCUAAAGCGUCCCUUUGUUCAGAACCACGAGGACUGGAAUCUUUUAGGGGGGACACAGGGAGCUGCUGCUACUCCACCUAGCCCAGAAUUGCCUUUUCUGACGGGCAGGGGCUCUCCAGGGUUUGGGUCAAAGGGUCUCCCCUAGCCCUGCCUAGAGAUCCUACUGGGGAUUGAACCUGGGACGUUCUGCAUGCAAAGCAGGGGCUCUCUGCUGCUGAGCUACAGCCUCUUCUUCCCCUUUGCAGGCAGAAGGUCCCAGACUCACUCCCCAAAGGGCAUCUCCAGCUAGGGCUGGAAAUAUCCCCUGUCUAGAGAGCGGGUGCCAGUCAGCGCAAGCAAUACCGAACUAGAGGGAGCAAGGGGAUAAGGAAACCUCCGGUGUUCCUGCCUCUUAGAUUUUGGGAUAACGGAUCUCUCUCGUCCAUCUUUUGCAGGAUGACAUGACCGACUCCCUUCGGGACUACACCAACCUCCCGGAGGCUGCUCCUCUUCUCACCAUCCUGGACAUGUCUGCCCGUGCCAAGUACGUCAAGGACGUCGAGGAGAUCACACCCGACAUCGUGGAAGCUUUUGUGAAUGACUUUCUAAUGGACAAGCUUAAACCGGAGCCCAUCUGAAGAGAAGCAGAGGCAGGGUUGAAAAGGGGAGGGGGCCUCUUUUUUCCUGCCCCCACUCCCAGCUUGGACCUUAUUUAAAAAAUUGCAGGAUUUUUUCCCUCUCUCCAGCUCUGUGCACAACGUUAACUCUUGACGUUAUUGUGGUGCCUUGUUUUUUCCAAACACAGCAAGUUUCUCUCUUCUUGAUUUCCCCUCCUUAACCAAACUCUUUUUAAAAGGUGCUGCAUUUCAGCUGGGAGGCGGUGGUCAGAAGAGGCUUGGCUUAUAGUUUUCGGGGUUGUGAGGGGAGGUGGGAAGUGGGAGGUUUCCCAAGAGCCCAGGUGGAGAAGUGAUGGAUUUCCCACGGUCCCAGCCAGAGCUGUGGCUGCAUUCUGUUUUUUUAUUUUUAAAAAAAUCUCUACUGGUCACUCAUGUAACCAGUCCAAACACAGCAGAUCCUUUAUCAAAGCCCAGUUUUUCCAUCUUUCCAAGAUGACAAGUGACAUGCAAGCACCCACACCUAAAUCCGGCAUAUGUAAUAUUUUGGGGAAAGGGUAGGGUAGUUAACCCAUCAAAACUGUUUGCCUUUCGAGGCUGAAGAAAAAUAAAAGCUUGCAGAGCAGGCCACUGCCCUCCUGGCUAUGUUCUUUUGAGGGGUAGGGGAGUGAAGCUAGGAUCCUCUAACAAAUACUCUGUAUCUUCUUCCAGCUGCACUCCCUUAGGGUGUCUUUCAGCAGGGAAACAGCAUCAGGUUUCCUAGGUGAGGGUCACCUCUCCAGGUUUGCUGGAAUGCUCCGGGUUCAAAAUGCAAAAGCAUUUAAUGUUCACCUGUAUUGCGAAUCGAAUCGAAUUUUCUCUCUCUUCCCCUUGAAUCUUCAUACAACUUGGAUCGUAAUCCAGUUGUCCAUGCCUUUCUCUCUUUGGCAAUUUGUACACAACAGUUGCAUCUUGGGAGCCUGUAGUUGCCAAGCCACCUGAAAGGUCAAUAUUAAAGACUCGGGAGCCCUGGGAUAAUGAGAUUUCCUCGAGCCUCAUAUCUGCCAUGCAGGGCUUAAAGCACAUGGGGAGUCAUGGGAUGUGCCCGUGGGGUCUCUGUGUGAGAUCUUGCUGGUGCUGCCACUGGACCGUAUAAAUUGAGAUGGGCGGUGUAGGAGGACAAAUUAGAGGCCUUGGGAAAUGUUUGCAUCCUCUUGCGCUAGCUUUUGCCCCGGGGAGGAGGAGGUAUUCUUGCAUUUUUUAGCCUAGCUUUGAAAAUCAGCAAUUUGACUUCUUUUAGGAAUGACCAGGCGCAAUUCUAAAUCGAGUGGAAGGUUGUUCACCCACUGUUUAAAACUUUCAACCGUGGGUUGGUGGGGUGUUUUGGUAGUGGCCUGUUUUUGCUAAAAUUAGCACCAUUUUGCUGCCCCUCAGAAAUUCAAGCGAGUCAAGACUGGCUCAGUUAAGUGGGGUGUCGCCUGAGGUGUAGUCCGCCAUUUGCCCAAACUUUCAAGGGCUCAGAGUAAGGAGAGGAGCACACAUGACCCCACCCCAACUUCCCCACCCUACUGCGUUGUGUGGCUUAAAGAUAUGCAAAGCUUUUAAGUCACAUUUGUUCAAGUGUAACCAGAAGCUUCUGCCUGGUCAGGGACCCCAGUAAAACAAGCUCCCUGGUUGUGAGAGGGGUCUGUAGCUUCCAUCCUAACCUUCAGGCCACUAGCAAGUAGGGAACUUUCCAGUUGCUCUGAAUUGUUGAAUUCCACCUUCUGCUUUGCAACCAACUUUCUACAGACUUUGAAAUAAAACCCAGGACUCUCUUAGGUAUUUUUCUCCUCCCUCGCCUUUUUUUCUUCCUUAAUCCCAUGUUAAAUACAUCCCCCCCCUAAACAUGCAGCUGAUAAAAGCUUGAGCAAUUCUCGGUAGAGGUGACGGUGAUGUUUUUAGCCGUUUUGGCAAGCAAGGUGGAUUGGGUUGGGAUUACGUUGGGAUAGCGCAGCCAGAUCCUCUCUCCCCAACCCCAUCGUCUCUCUCUCUCUCUCCCUGGCAAAGUUGGACGUUGUAAAAAACAAACAAACUUGUACAUGGUGACUGGAACUUUGUAAUAAAACCCGUUCUAGUAACGUCA